GGAGGGAGGGAUGCGGACGGGGGAAGAUGGCGGCCUCGUCGAACAACCCGCGGAAAUUCAGCGAGAAGAUCGCGCUGCACAACCAGAAGCAGGCCGAGGAGACGGCGGCCUUCGAGGAGGUCAUGAAGGACCUCAGCCUCACGCGCGCCCACCGGGUGAGCCCGGGCUGAGGGGUGGAGGCGCUGGGCGGACGCCCCCUCAGGGAGGCAGGGAAGGAGGGAAGCCCCUCACGGCCGCCUCAGGGGUCGCCAGGAGGGAAUAGCUCCGUGAGGGGCGACGGUGGGGAGGCUGGCAGCCCCUCAGGGAAGGAAGCCCGCGCUCGCCUCAGGUCCGGGAGGGGGAAAUUAAGCGCGGUGGGGGGGGGGACGAGGAGGAGAAAGGAAAGAGGGAGGGAUGGGAUGGAGGCGCCUGGCUGACUGACUGAAGGGAGGGACGCUUCAGCAUCACUUCAUCCGUUUGCGUGAGAGAGGGAUCUUAUGCGUGUGUGCAUUUGGGAGGGGGGGUCUUUGAGGGGUGUGGAAGUGGAGGGAGGGAGGAGGAGGAAGACACCCCCCCCCAAGGAGGGAAGCUCAGCAUCACCCCAUCUGCGUGUAUGAAGGAAAAGUAUACAUACAUACAUAUACACGCGCACACAGGCAUGCUGCCCAUCUGGGUGUCUUUGAGGGGUGAAGAAGAGGAGGAGAGAAGUGGUGGGAGGAGGAAGGCCGAGGGAGGGGGCGUGAGAAACGGGGUGGGGGGUUGGAUGCGCUUGGCUGACAUACCCCCCUUCUUAGGAAGCCCAGAAUACUCUCUCCUCAAGGCAUAGCUGUCUUUUUUUUUUAAGGGAAAUUCCUUUAUUCCGAAUAGGAUUCCUCUCAAGAAAAGGGAAAAGUUGACAGCUAUGCCUCAAGGGUGUGUGUGAUUGGUGUGGGGAAGUCCUUGAGGGGCAAGGAAGAGGAUAGAGGAAAGAGAGAAGAGGGGGGAAGAGGGAGGGAUGGGGGAUGCUGGCUGGCAGGCAGGCAGGCAGGCAUCCCAGCUGACAUCUCCUUAGGAAGGGGAGCCCAGAAUGGCCCCUUCCUCUGCCUCUGGUGUGAUGGAGGGGGGAAUGGUAGUACUGGGGUUUGGGGGGCUGAGGAGGAAGAUGGAGGAAAUGGUGAUGCCCUAACUGGUUGACACCCCCUUAGGGAGGGAAGCCCAGAAUACCCUCAAAGUGGCCCCUCUUCCUUGUUCCCCCCUUUCAGAAGGGAGAGUUGAAGGACUGCCUUCUCAAUUAUAUCCUAUUGGGGGGUUGGGGGCUGCUGAGAGGUCAACACAUGAUCCCUGUUUUCUCUAUCCCUUCCGCUCUUCCUAAAAGGGUAGUUUACAUUUGAGGCAAAUGGGGGGGGGGGUUGAAUUUAGGGAACUGGUUACAUACCCCAUUUUUCAGGAUUUUAAAAGGCCAUACACAAACACACCCCAUUUAUGGGUGUGAGGGGAAGGGUUACUGGCGGAUGUGAAGGAAAAUUAGCUAUUUGGGGAAACGGGGUUAAGGGGGCUACAAGAUGUCUUGUCCCCCCCUUUCCUUUCUCCACUUCCUUAGAAAGAGAAUUAAGUAGCCUCAGUUUUAUGACAGAGGAAAAUGGGGCUGUUCUGAGGGUGGGAUAAAUUGGGAGGAGUGACACCCUAUUUUCCUUCUCCCCUCAGAAAAGAUGUUAAAAGCCUGUUUGGUGGUUUGAGGUUACAAUAUUGACACGUGUGUGUGUGUGUGAGAGAGAGAAUUUAGGGUGUGAUAUCCCCCUUCCCAUCCUUCAGUAAGGGACUAAAGGACUGCUGCCUCAAUUUACAGGUGUGAUUAGAAGGGGGGAAGGUUGUAGCUAAAUGUAGCAGGACAGCAAACAGAACCCCCUCUCCCCACUUUCUGAAUUCAGAAAUGUGUGCCAGGUUGAGGGGGGAUCAAGAAUCGCCCUUCCUCAAACCCAUGGGUCAGGAAUGGAAAUGGGGAUUAAUACACAAAAGGGGAAGAACUGCUGUCUCCCCUCUUUCUCCCUGCUCAGAAAGGUUGUGUGUGUAGGGUUAAGGACCCCCCCUUCUCAAAUUAUAGUGGAGGGGUCUGAAAAAUUAAAGAGGGGAAUUAGGUGAAGGGCACCCAUAGGAAUGGGUUGACACCUCCCCCGAAGGAAACAAGGGGGGCAGUGACCAUCCUGUCACCCAAUGCUUUGGAAUUAUUAAAUGAAAGGGAGCAGAAGAGAAAUAAAAACACUGGGGAGUGAGUGGAAAGGACCCCUCCAACUACUUGCAGAGGGGGUGGUUCUUUAUGUCCUCUCCUUUUUCUGUCUGUUGGGGAAAUGGGUUGGGUGACUCUAGCAAGCAGAGUGGGGUGACGCCACUUGCCCCCUUGCACCCCAGUAGAAGGUCUGGGACAGAAUACACCACCAGUUCAGUGGAACUCUUAAACUGGGGGAUAGGAGAGAUAAACAUUAAAAAGAUAGUGUAGAGGUAAGUGGGAUCUGAUGGGAGAGGGACCUGAAUGAAUAACUUUCCCUUCUCUGAAGGUUUGAGGAAUUAAUAUAUUGUGGGGGAAUAUUGAGAGCAGGUUAAUUACCCACCCCCAAAUACGUGAAGUAGACCGUUAUUGGUGCAUCCCUUCCUUUUUGACAGGUAAGGGAAGGUCUGCUCAUUUCUACUCCCUUAUGAGGAAUGUGGGAAAGUUGGGAAGAUGCUCUCCUGCCCUGAUGUAUAGGGGGAGGCAUUAAUAACCCCCCUCCCAGUUUAUGAAUUGGGGAUGAAAACAAACCAAUGCUGCAUAUAUGGGGUUAACUAAAUUCUCCUGUUAUUAUGCUGUGAGUGGGAGUGGAUAAUUUACUCCCUUCUUGUUAUCUGUACAGUAUAAUGAAAAUUCUUAAGGGAGAUUAAGGAGCCCUUUCCAUUUAUUUGCAUGUGGGGAGGUCACCAUGGGGGAUUAUUUUGGGGAGUGGGAACUGCUAAUGAGCUCUCCAGUUCAUGUCUGUGCUGAGGAUUUAAUGACCCAUUUUCUAUUAUCAUUAUUUAUUCUGCUAUCCUGUAUUUCUUAAUCACCUUCUAAAAUAUUGGCUCAAUGUGAUUUACACAUAAGAUAAUUAAAAACAGUGAAAAAUACGAAAGCAACAAAUGAAUCAAUUCUCCCUAUAAGGGUGUGGGAGAGAAAUGUGAGGGAGGGGUUCUGAAUUAUUCUCCCAGUGCUUGUGUGUUUUGUUAUGGGGAUAUGAAUAAUUUUUCUUGCAUUUAAAUUUAUAGCCCACCCUUCCACCCAAAGAAACCUAAGGGGUGUUUUUAUUUGCAGGGGAUUGUGGAAUAAAAGGGUGUGCUGAUUUCUAAUUUAACAUGGAGAAUUGUGAGAGCGGGGAGUUUAUGUAACCCCCUCCUCAUUGUAUUUGAAUAUCAGGUGUUGAUAAAGUUCCCUUGUGUGCAUGUGAGGGAAAGGAGAAAAGCUUAAUAAUGUGUGUGUAAAUUGUUCCGAGGGGGGUGGCUAACCUGUAGCCCUCCAGAUGUUAUAGUCCGAUGACUCCCAUCAGCCACAAACGAUGGAAUCUGGAGGGCCACGGGUUAGCCACACCUCUGGUAAACGAAAGGUUUGUUUCUAAAUCCAUGAGUAUGUCUUUGUGCAUGUGUUCAGAACAGAGGAAAUCAUUAAUAAUAUUUACUAAUUUGAGAACUUGCAGCUGUCCAGUAAAGCCAAGGCGAACCUUUUUUUUUUUUUAAUGCUCAGUCGCAAUGAAGAGAUAACAUAUGACUCCUGUUAGCAUAGAUGCUGUUUGUUGGUGGGGGUGAGUCUGCUGCAGUUAAUAUUGUGUAUGGUUGAGGAGUUAUGGUGGGAGUGCUUUGUGGACUCGGUGCCUUCUCUGAUAUGUGUGCUUGCGCUAUGACCGGUUAUCGUAAUGCCCAUGAGUGCACAUGGAUUGCGAUCAAGUUGCUGCCUCUAUCCAAGAGUAGGAGGGCACAAGCAUUACAUUUCUUCUGCAAUAAUGCCACUUUAUUUGACCAGGUGGGGGGGGCUGGAUUUGAGCAGCACAUCCUCAUGCCUUUCUCUAUGUGUAGAGCAGUUGAAGGCCGAUACGGGCUCCUCAUCACAGCACUUCGGCAUUGCUAAAAAUGUGCGGUGCGCACAAUUCUUUAAUGCACUAAGUUGUCUGGUUUAGUGUGGGCUUUCUUUGCUAUGGAAUUCGAAUUUAGUUUGUCUGGUGUGGCUGUUAUUAAUAAGUAACAACAGUAAUGAUGCACCUACAACCUGGCACCUUACAAUUCAUUUUAUAAUGUUCUCUCUUAGUAAUAUGGCAUUGUUGGCAUUUUCUUACAAACGGUGGAAAGUUAAUAGCUAUCUCUGGGGUUAGGAGAGUCAGUUGUACUAGAGUGUGUUAGCCACUGUGCUCUUGCAAAGUUGAUGGCACUGUUAACACACAAACACACCAUGGCAAGAGAGCAAUAGAGACCUCACCAACUUGCCUUCCUCCAGAUGUGUUAGAUUUCUUUGUCCUUCUACCCUGACCACUUUCCCCCAGUGCUAGAAAUUAGCCAGGUGCCAGGCACGUUUUGCGACUGGUGCAGGUCCAGUUUUGGCCAAGUGAAGAUCUCUGGAUGCCAGGUUCAUGCCUGGGCAAAGCAAAAUGUCACUUAGAGAAGGAUCUGAAAGAUUUUCCUUGAGGCUUCAAUUUGUUUUAUUCUGGAUUGUUUGAUUUGAUGUUUUAAUGUGUUGUAAGCUGCUUUGAGAUUUGUUUUUUAAAAUAUAAAGUGGUAUAGAAAUGAAAUGAAUAAUAAUACUACCAAUAAUAAUCACCAUUGGGGGGGGGGGGGAAAUGGUGCCAAGACAUACCGUUGUGGUGACUGCAACCUGUUAGAUUAUAUCUCUGCCUCCCACACUGGCGGCCGUGAAUCAAACGCCGUCUAGAGGACCACAGGUUCCCCCAUCCCUGACAAUACCCUAGUUGGCAUAGGGAUCAUCAUCAGUUGAUUAUGCAUAUGGUCUGUUUCUUGAUGGAAUGCAAGGCUUGCUUUUCAGUAUCUAACGCUUAGGCACCCCCUGUAUUAGUUGGGGUCACCCCGAAACAGACUGACGCUGCAGCAGGGUUGGGUGCUGUCUCAAAUCUUUCCAGUUAAGGGUAGAAAAAGGGGCUCUUAAGAACAGGAGACUAGCCUGCUGGGUCAGACUGGUGGCCCAACUAGUCCAGUAUUCUGUUCUCACAGUGGCCAACCAAAUGCCUCAGUGGGAAGGCCACAAACAAGAUCUGAGCACAAAAGCCCUCUCCGCCCCCCGCAAUGGUUUUCAGCAUUUAGGAUUCCUCAGAGCCUGCAACUGUAGAGGCACAGCAUAGCAAUCAUAGCAUGAAUUUCUCUCUUGGAUUCCCCCGGCCCCACAUAUCAAGCAUACAAUCGUUGGCCUGUAUUUGGGUCAAGUGAGCAGCCAGGCUUUUGUUCUGUUUGGGCUGCUGGUGAUCAUUACAUCUUUUUUAAAAAAAAUUGGGGCCACUCCAGAUUAAGGCACUGAGGAUGAGAUGACUGAGUUUGGGAGAUAACAUUUUGGGGCAGGAGGAGAAACAGCGAGGGUAGCAAUGAAGCCCAAUCUUCACUGCUGAUUGAGUGUGUGGGGGUGUCCCUUGGGAAUAUGUGUUAGUCGGCUGAUGCAGCGUAAUACCCAUUUAACAUAUCUCUCUAAAUUCAUUUUCAUCUGCUGGGCAGGAUCGGCAGUCUAAGCACGCUCCCUUUAACGCUGCUGUCUCUGUCACAGGUGCUGCCUUGUAAAGCUUUGUGGAAAUGUCAUGUCGUCUCAGAGGGUCUGGGUUCAAGGGGCUUUUGCUACGUAGGGCCAAGGGUCGGCAGAGUAGCCUUUGCCUGCUCAGGGACUGCAGCACCCAUCAGCUGUGCAGCUGUGGAUGAUGCGAGUUGUAGUUCAAAUCACCCAAAGGGUGUAAACUUGAUGCAGACAAGUUAAUAGCUGGUGGCUCUUUCUGAAUUUCUCACUGCCCUCACGCUGGGGCAGACUAUUGCAGAAAAGCAGGUGUGAUAGAUAUAAGAGAUUUUAAAAGGAGCUGUGGUGUGAUGUUCUGUUGCAGGGGGUGAGUGUUUAUUGGGUGAUGUUUUCACAGUGGGCUGACAGUAUAGUGGUGCGUGUUCCGUUUCAGUGUGCCAGUACAUGGAAAGAAUAUCUUUUAUGCACCCUUGAGCCUGUAGUAUUCUCUCUCCCUUGCAUCUACAAAUGUGGUACCAAAAGAGACCCGGUGAAAUUCUUUUGCAUUUGCAGAACCAGUGUGUGACAGGGGUCUCUUCUGCCUAGCAAUCUGUUCUCAUUCCUCCCACCUGCACAUUGAGUCAAGAGGUGGGGGUUGUGGUGGCAAAUACCCCAUGGAUAAUGUCCCUGCUGCACCUUAAUUGGCGCCAAGGGCUCUAAAGCACACCUCUUCCAGCUAUGCCUAGUCUCUUGCGGUUUGGGCAAAAACACGUAACUACAAAUUAUAGUGUGAUUAUGGAGGUUGUGCCUCCAGCCUGGUCUUCUUCCGAGGCGCUAUCUGUCAUAGGUGGUUUAGUCAUAGGUGGUUUAAAAAACGAAAUCACCCCUCUUUCAUCUGCCAUUCCCUUACGUGUGCAAGGAAUCACAGGUGCUUUUGAACGUGUGUGUGUGUGAGAGAGAGAGAGACAGAGAGAGAGCGCAAAAUGAAAUUAUAAUAGGCCAGGAACAAUUGAGCAUAGUGUUGAUUCUGUCAAAAAGAAGUUUCCUCUUUUGACUUCCUGGUGUUGGGAUAGUGUCAAUAUUUGCUUUUCAGAGGUUCGGAGAUAAGCCUAGAUAAGGAACAAAGAUUACAUUUUACUUUUUUCUAUUUUUUUUGUCAAUGGCUCUUUGGCUGAAAUUGUGGAUGGACCUGGGUGGUAUCAGGUGUUUGGUGACUGAAGUGGCCUAACCCUUCUGUUGACUUUGGAUCUGUUGUUACUCUGAUAGCAGAACUUUUUGAAGAGUCAGCUCCAUCGUUGAAUUCCACGCUGCACCCCCCCCAAAUGUGCCCCAGGGGUUCAGUCGUCUUGAUCAGCUGUUAGUUUUGCCAGAGAUACACUCUGAGGAGGGGUAGGAACAUAGAGGGCCAGGCCCCCCUCCAAAUUUGUCACAUGGUGGACUUCCUCUCCACCUGAACUAGGGAAGUUUUUAAUGACUGAUGUUUUAAUGUAUUUUUAAUCUUUUGUUGGAAGCUGCCCAGUGACUGGGGAAAUGCAGCCAGAUGGGCGGGGUAUAACUAAUAAUACAACAACAACAACAACAACAACAACAUGCUUCUGGAUGCCAGCAGCUGGGAAACGCAGGAGGGGAGAGUUGCUCUUAUGCUCAGACCCUCCUUGUGGGUUUCCCAGAAAAGUCACCUGGUUGGCCCCUGUCAGAAGAGGAGGCUGGACUAGGUGGGCAGUGGGGUCUCAUCCAGCAGGCUCUUCUUAUGUUUGGCAGUUGAAGGGAGCCUGGUGGGCUUGAAGGGGAGAGGCUGCCACUCAGUGGAGUCUCUGCUUUGCACAACUUACCUGCUUUGAUCUUUAGCAUCUUCAGGUAGGACUGGGAAAAGACUCCCUGCCUGGAACCCUGGAGAUGUGCUGCUGCCAGUCAGUGGAGACAGCACUGAGUGGGAUGGAUGACUCUGUAUCUGGCAGCUUCCUGUCAGUGUUAAGAAUUUCCCAGGUGCCAGGAGAAAUGAACUAGAUAAUAAAAAUAACAACAAUAAAAAUGAUUCUCCUUGCCAAAAACAGAGAAGGUGCCUAGACAUUCCAUUGUGGCGACUGCAACCUAGGCUUAAGGUGCCAAUUAGCAUACAUAGCUGCAUUUCUAACACUGCUGUCUAUGUUCUUCUGGGACAGUAGCUUCCUAUUGCAAGCCCCUUAUUUACAGAUAUUCUGCCCAGGCUGCUUAUAUUUUCCAGCUAGCUUUUCACUCUGGAGGCUGGUUUCUUUGUCUUGAUACCUGUGGAAACAUCAUGGAUGAAGUAUGUCGCUUGCUUUCCCUUCAAAGUAGCCUUUCCCAAUGUGUGUGUUUGUACACACACACACACACACACACACACACAAAAUAAAAUAAAAUAAAUGCCAGGAACAUCUGGAGGGCACCUGGUCGGGGACGGUUCAUCUAGGCAAAAUAGUCUUUGUCACUGAUGACUGCUUAUGUUCUGUUCCUGUUUGAGAUGUCUGCAGGCAGAGCAGAUGGCUAGUGGGAGAAGCUUUGCUGUGCUGCUAGCUUUGCCCUUAAUUUAAAGAAAAAUAAUAACAAUCAUUUAAAAGGGAGCAACCACGUACGCUUUAGCACUCUGGGAAUAUUUUAAUGGUAUCAAAUAACGAUGGUCAGCGGAGAACGACCAAUCAGUGUGCUAAUAAUAAAAAGCAAUAACAAUGGUAAUUAGCAAGUCAAAAUCUCCUGCUCUGGAGAGUAGGAUUCAAACCAAUGGCUUCAAGGUACAAAAAAGGAGAUUCCGACUAAAUAUCAGGAAAACUUUCUGACAGUAAGAGUUGUUAGACUGUGGAACAUUCUCCCCUGUUCUCCUUCGUUAGAGGUUUUUAAGCAGAGGUUGGAUGGCCCUCUGUCACGGAUGCUUUAGUUGAGAUUCCUGCAUUGCAGGGCAUUGGACUAGAGGACCCUCGGGGUCUCUUCCAACUGUAAUUCUAUGGAAAGGAGUGCUGUGCCAUUAUAUGUGAGGUUCAGUUUUCAAAAAUUGGACUGGGGGCAGGCAAAAAUCUGCCUGCCCCCCACUCCGCCCUGCCUCCUGGAAGAAGUGAUAACUUUUUCAUCGCUAAACUAUGGAAUUUGUUCUUGCAACGGGCACCAAGUUGUGUGGCUUUAGAAGAGGAUUAGACAUGUUCAUGGAGGACAAGGCUAUCAAUAGCUAUUAACCACAAUGGCUGAGACUUACAAGUGGGGAGAGCACUGCUGUUGAGCUCGUCUACCUUGAGGGCUUCCUAUUUGGGCACCAGGUUGGCUGCUGUGAGAACAGGAUUCUGGACUAAAUGGGCCCCCUAUGGCUUGAUUCAUUUUGUAACAUGAUGGCACCAUUGAUGACAAAUGAAGCCUCAUUCCGAACGCAAGAAGAGAUUACACACCUUUUGUCUAGGCAUCUGAGGUACACUCCUCGCCAGGGAUGUGGUGGCUUUUUUUUGGUAAACUUUCUCAUAUCCAAGUAACUUGCAUAGAGUAAUUUGCAUUGGAAGAUUUUCCUGAAGCCCUUGCUUGUCUUUUACUUGUCUUUAGCAAAGGAAAGCUACGGCCCUCAAAACCGCCAAGCUUCCCUCAUAGCGUCUUUGAAGUGGGCACUGUCUGUCCAUUGUUACUUAUGAAGUUAGAAAAAGGUAGAAAUUCUAUGAGGAAAUUAAAGCCCUGGAAAAUCCUCUGUUUUGGACAAGUUAUUGCUCCCUACCUUGCUGUACUCUAACCCUGGCUGUGUCCAAUUGAUACAGAACUACCUCUGGUUGGAAGUUUUGGGGUUAGGCAUCCCCUUUCCAACAACCCUUUGGAGGUCCCGAGCCUCAAGGAGGUUAGAUUGGUUUCAACUAGGGCCAGGGCCUUUUCAGAACUGGCCUCGACUUGGUGGAACACUCUGUCACAAGAGACUAGGGCCUUUGGGAAUUUGACAUCUUUCUGUAGGGCCUGCAAGACGGAGCUGUUCCGCUGGGCCUUCGGCUUAGAUUCACUCUGACCCUUGGCUUUUUUGCUGGCCCAUGUAGGACCAGCAUGGAUAGCUGGCUUGGGUGAAUAUCUGAUGUUCCCUCCCUUUAUGGUCUUGAUUUAUGGGCUACUACUAAAAUGAGGCUGCAUUUUAAGCUGUAUUUUAGUUAACUAUUUGUUGUUGUUGUUGUUUCUAUUACGUUUUAUUGUAAUUUAUAUUUGGUGUUAGCUGCCCUGAGCCCGGCCCUGGCUAGAGAGGGCGGGGUACAAAUUAAAAAAUACUAUAUUAUAAUUAUUAUUAUGCUCUGCCAUAGCUCGUAUCGACUCUUGCCUGGCAAGAUUGGGAGGGCUGGCAGCAAUUGUCUCAGCAGUGCAGGGGGAGGGCUGCUUUCUAUUUUCUUUAACAGCUACAGCCUUGUGAACAGUUCUGUACACUUUUGCCAAGAGGGAGCAAAAAAUAUCAGAGAGAAAGGGGAGGUGUCUUCCAUGUAGGGCAGUGGGGAGUGCACAAAGCACUGCACACACAACAGAUUUCAACUCAGCACUAAUUCCAGGGCACUUCAUAGAAGCAUAGAAUCGUAGAAUUGGGAGGGACCCAAAGGCUCAUCUAGUCCAACCCCCCUGCAAUCCAGGAAUCACAAUUAGAGAAUCCCUGACCUGACAGGUGGCCAUCCAACUUCUGCUUUAAAACCUUCAGUGAAGGAGAAUUCACCACCUUCCCAGGUAGUCAGUUCUGUUGUUGAAGAGCUCUUGCUGUCAGAAAGUUCUUCCCAGUGUUGAGUUGGAAUCUCCUUGUCAUUUGAAUCCAUUGCCUCGAGUUCUCCCCUCUGGAGCAGCAGAAAACAGUCUGGCUCCAUCUUCUGUGUAGCAGCCUUUCAGGCAUCUGAAGAUGGCUCUCAUGGACAUUAUCUUAUUUCUGUACAACAUCCUUUGCUAACCUGGUGCCGUGCAGGUGUCUUCGGCUCCCGGAUCUCCUCACCCCCUGCCAAAGGUCUCCAGAACACCAUCUUGGCAAAUGGAUUGCCACGCAAUAGUGUUUUUCAGGAGAACCUGUAGUUCAGUUGUAGGAACAACGCCUUUGCAUACAGGUGGCUCCAGCUUCAAUUGUUCCUUAGCAAUUCCAGUGAAAUGAUGUCUCAGGUAAAUGAUGAUGAAGGAAGUCCUCUCCUCCCCUUGUGUCCCUGGCUAACAGUCAGAGUAGACAAUACUGGCCUUGGUGGAUGUAGUCUGUCAUGGUAUAAAGUAACUUCUUUUGUUGUUAUCUCAGAAUUUAAGAUGCUGGUUUAUGGGAGCUGAGAGAGGGAGUUUUGACUUAAAGCACUGUGGGCUUUUAAACCUUGAGACUGAGGGCUGAUUGUGUCCUUCCAAGCCUCUAUCUGGUCCUUUCUAACACUCAGUGUUAGAAACUCAGAUAAUAUAAGCCAGACACCAAAUGGCUCCUUAACCCAGGGUUAUAGUCACCAAAACGGAAUACCUGGUUGCCAUUUUGGGGCCAGACUGCUCGAAAGUCAUAUUUUUCAAUACAACUUUUUGGUUCCUGAAAUUCAUUCUGAUUGUGCAGAUAAAAUAUAACAGGUGUGUGGAAACAUUUCAUACCCAAGAAUCUCCAGGCACGCACCUCCAGAUGGUGGAGACAUCAGGUGCCAUCAUAGCAUCCACUUGGUUGCAAGUGGCCAAUAGCCAGAUGCAAAAUGUGCAUGGCAGAUUUCGUAUGCUGGGCCCACAGCCCAUAAUGAGCCCUGCUGCAUAUCUGGAACAUUUGUACCUGGUUGGGAUGUGCCCCUGAACACAUCUCUUGCUUCUCCGGAUGGAGAACAGAGAGGGUGUGUGUAGAACCUAGCCUACUGUACAAGCAUAACUUUUACAUCCAUUGCUCCAUCCCCCCUUGGCCUAUGGCCCUGCUCGCCACUGCUUUGUGCCCCCCGGAAGGACACCCAGAAGGAAGCGCGGUACUCGGGGUGACUUAAAACCCACCAAGUGAGUUUGUUGCAUCUUAUGCUUCUCUCUGUCUCGACAUUUCGCUGGCUCCCAAUAAGGUAUAAUGACUGCAUCGGAGCUGGGGGCCCCCCUAAUGUCCUCGGGAAGUGAUAGGGAAGCGACUGUUGGCUGGCUCCUGGGACUGCUGGAGGUUGAGGUAUGCAGGCUCCCCAUCCUCUGCUCCAGGGGGAUUUGACUGAUAGUGUGCAGGGGCCGCCAAGCACAAGAAUCUGUGCAGAGACUGUGCCUUUCAGGUGGGUAGGGUGUGAUGCGUCCCUUACCUCUGGCUGCUGGCAGCUGCAAGCCAAAAAGGGCAUGAUUCUGCCACGUUUUUGAGUGUCCCAGGGAAGGCAGUUCCACACCUGGAGAGACACCCCUCCUGCUGUGUAAGGUGCAGCACCUGCAGGACCAAGCUUUCAUGCUGGUGUUCAUGGAGAGAUGAAUGGCAAUCUUUGAUGCACAGCACCACCAGCCAUUUUGCUGCUACUUCUCCCCCCUCCCCGCCCCCCCCUCCUGUUUUGUUUGGUUGUAUAUGAAAUUAGAUGGAGUUGGUGCUUUCUUUUCUUCUGCUCUUCUGCGCCUUCCUUUUUAAAUUUUUAUUUAUUUAUUUUGUUUUGGAACCAGCACCUUGGCCUAUCCCUUUGCUUCUGCGGAGGCGAAAUGCCCCCCUCCCACAUUAUUAGCAAUUGUGUGCCCCCCUCUCUCUUGUCUAAAUUCCUCCCCUUCCUCACCACCACAAUAUUUGUGAGCGUUCACCGUCAUGUUCGCUCUCUCACAUUCUUCCUUGGUUGCAGCAGAGGCUGUGAGCCGCUGCUUUUCCACAGCUUGUUGGCUGUGCUGUGCCCCCGCUUGGAUGUCAAACCAUUUUUUAUUUUCUUGUGAUCAACCCCCCCCCUUCCAAAUCGCACACAUGGAUAAACACCUACGAUUGUUUGGUGUAUAGCCUUGUGUUGGCGGCCCAUGAUACCUCCUCCUUAUUCCUUUUUUUAUUUUUUUAAUCUGAGCUUGCGGAGCUCUUAUUCUCUUAGAUCCUCCUCCCCUGGAAACAAUUUCAGCGUGAAGAGCGAAUAAGCCUCUGAUUGAGGGGGCGGAGGGGAGGCGCCUUUUGCAGUUAGCAGGGAGUAUUCUGACAUUUCUGCUGUAAUGCUGAGAGUGGGAGGCAGAUGGUUGAUGAAGGGGGCCACGCAGCAGCGCCACCAGAGAUGCCUGAAAGGAUGUGCUUCUGUGAUGCGCAUCUCAUAAGUGGGAGAGGGUGGUGGGGAGUCCAUCUUGCCAGUCUGGGGUGGUGGAAGAUUCUGCUUAAAUUGGGGAAGGGGGAGAUCUUACCAGGAGGGUGAAAUGGUUGUUCCUUUAGAGCAGAGGUUCACAAACUUAUUUGGCCCACCACCCCUUUCAGAAAACAAUUACUCAGCCCCACCCCCGAAAGCUGCCUUCUUUCAGCGAACAAACAGAAAGAUGCAGUGAGAAAUUUGCAUUCUUUGAUGCAUCUGUGUUUCUACCUAUGCCCUACAGCAUAGUAAAGAAAGACGUUGUUGUAAAUAAGACACCUUGAAGCUUGAAAUUAUAAAAGUAUUUAUUUAAAUCAACCCUAGUAGCAUUCACAUUGCACACAGAAAAUUGAGAUAACAAAGGAUAAUAUUAAAAUAAAAAUCACUAACACUUCCUGGGACUGGGUGGAGCCGAAAAAGGUUCACCCAAGCCCAGAAAGAAUCCUUUCCUCCAGCAUCACCUCCACAUCCUGGGGAGGCAUUGUCGCCAUCCCACAACGGCGCCCGACCUGGCAAUAAGCAUAACACAACAGAUGAAACAUAUACGAAUGGUUUCUCAAAAGUUUCUUCUCUUCUUCUUUAUGCUUUCACCGCCUCCUUAUUUCUAUUCAACCCCCCCCCAUUGCACCUGAGGCGACUACCACCCCCCUGGAUCAUUCCAGCCCUCCCCUCGGGGGUGAUAUCGCCCACAUUGAGAAACACUGCUUUCGAGAGUGUCUCUUCCCCCCACACUUCCCCACAAUGAACAAAGGAAGCUGCCUUAUACCACCUGGCUCACUGUAGUAUGCACUGACUGGCAACAAUUAGCUCUCCAGGGUUCCAGGCAGGAUUCUCUCCCUGCCCUACCUGAAUAUGCUGCCAGGAGCUGAACCUGGGACCUCCUGCUCUGUCCGUGAUGCCAGUUGCCCCAGCUUGAUCAGCACCUGCUACCUGCUGUGCCUCUACUUCAGCUCUUUUGUUAAUGGCAGAGUAAAGGGAGUGUUGACAUUUGCUGUUUGAUACAUCACUUAAUACGGCAAGCUAAUACAGCACUUUGCAUACAGCGCUUCAUGCAUACUUGGUUUUCUGAGCUAGUGUGUGCCCUUCCCCAGAAAGAAAGAAAGUGCCCACCCUUUUAUUCCAGUUGUCAGUUGUUCCGAUUUUUGCACUCAUGGCUGCAAUCUGCCCCGAGUCUUCACCACGAAGGGCAGGUAAGGGAUCUAAUAAAUAAUAACAGUUUGUUUCUCUCCUAACUAACCAACUAAGCAGAGGCUUGACAACCAUAUGUCAGGAGUGCUCUGAUGGUGUUUCCUGCUUGGCAGGGGGUUGGACUUGAUGGCCCUUGUGGUCUCUUCCAACUCUAUGAUUCUAUGAUUCUAUGAUUCUAUGAUGGUAAACCAAGGUUUGUUCUUGGCCUACCAUUGUGGUUUGCUAGCAGAGAAACAAACCGCAAUUGUGGCUUUUUUGUGUGCAACGGCAAGUCAGCCACUGGUUUGCUGCCUCUGCGUGUGAACGGAAAGAGCCACUAGCAAACUUCUGAACAGUAUCCACCAGCACGCCAUGUGUUCUUGCUAAACCAUCAUUAAUUUUAACAAUAGUUUUAUUAUCUGCAAACUGGGAGUAGGUGUCUCUGUUUUCUUCCUCCUCUUCCUUGUUCUUUUUCCUUAUUCUCUCACCCCUCACAUCUUUUCACUUCUCUUUAAAAAUUGUAAACGAUAAAAUGGUGGUAGUGUUUUUACUUGUGUGACAAAGCUUAGUUAAGCAAUCAGGCUCGAGCGGCUGCAUGCGACCCUCCAGAAUUCUCUGUCUGGUCCUUAAGGCUCUCUUCAGACCACACCUCCUCUCCCUAAGCCACACGCUUCACAGGCCUUUUGCCUAGCCUGGAACGCAUCCUGGAUUUGUGAUAUUCCCUCUUGCUUGCCUGUAUCGAGAGAGGUGCACAAGUGACUUAGCUGCAUGGCUGGAAUGUAGCCUGUUAUGCAGAGCUGCGUCUUGAGCUGCUCCCCAAUUUUUGCCUCUGGUCCCACCCAUCAUUGCCCCACUGCCCUGGAAAGUUUCUCAGGAUGGAGUGUGGCCUCCUGGGCUGGAAAAGAUUCCCCACCCUAAUCUAAAGCUCUGUUUAGCAUUCAAAAAAGUACAUGUGAAAAGGAUCUAAGGGUCUUGGUGGACCACCAGCUUAACAUGAAUCAACAGGGUGAUGCAGCAGAAAAAAAAGUGAAUGCUAUUCUAGGCUGCAUCAACAGAAGUAUAGCGUCCUUAUCAAGGGAAGAAAUAGUGCCGCUCUGUUCUGCCUUGGUCAGACCACACCUGAAAUACUGUGUUCAGUUCUGGGCACCACAAUUUAAGAAGGAUGUAUGCAGAGGAGGGUGACUGAGAUGGUCAAGGGUCUGGAAACCAAUGGCUGAGGGAGCUGGGUAUGUUGAGCCUAGAGACGAGGAGACUGAGAGGAGAUACGAAAGCCAUCUUCAAAUAUCUAAAGGGCUGUCACAUGGGAGAUGGAGUCAGCUUGUUUUCUCCUGCUCCUGGAGAGUAGGAUCUGAACCAGUGGCUUCAGGUUAUAAGAAAGGAGAUUCCGACUAAACAUCAGGAAGAACUUUCUGAUAGUAAGAGGUGUUAGAGUGGAACAGACUCCCUGAGUGUUUCCCUGGAUGGUCCUGGCAAAGAGACAUCCCAGGCAGCGAGUAUCUUCCCUAGGCCUGAAGAAUCUCCCCUUGAUGUCAAAACCAAGAAUGGCUGUUGCAGGCUGGCACUAAUAAGCCACAACACCCAGACGAGAAGUGAUAGACUGGUAAAAUGAAUUGGGGUGAAGGUCUUCCAGAAGCCAGGCACCUUUUUCUAUCUCCAGUAGUUACUGGUGAAUUGCUUUGCUGUGAGGAAAUCUGGGGUGGGAAGGAGGAGCCACUCGCUAGUAAGGAUUUGUUAGCAAAGGUUUUCUCCUUUGUUUUGUUUCUGUGAUACGCUGAUUGCUUUAAUUUUGCUCGCAAGCCCACCCUGGGAAAUGAAGAACUGAAAGGCGUUGUUUUAAAACACGCUAAGAUGAGUAGGCUCUAGGGUUGUUGCAUCCAGCGUUAGUCUUCUUCAGAGUAGAUCCUUUGGAAUUAAUUGGCAUGAUUAACCGAGGCCCAUUAAUUUCAGUAGGCCUACUCAGAGUACAACUUAGUGGUUCCCUUGUGAUUGGAACGUCACGGCUUGUAAGCAGUCGGGAUGAGAGGAAGAGCUGAUUUCACUCAGAAAUAACAUGCCUCAUCGUCCUCACCAGCCUUGCCAGACUGGGCAGAGCCUCCCUGCUCCAGUGCUGCCUGUCCCACCCACCCAGUUUUUGCGCUGCCUCUUCAGGUGUGAGCCACGUGCAAACCUCCUCUAUUCUCAUGGGUUGCAUCGUCAGCCGUGUCAAACAUUCAGGGCUUUGUGUGUGAUGGAGGAGAGCGCUAUCAACAAUGGCUGUGCUCUGUCUCCACGGUCAGAGAUAUUAAUGCUUCUGAAUGCCUGCUGCUGGAAGCCCCAGGAGAAGAAAGUGUAGUUCUUGUGCUCAGGUCCUACUUGUGGGUUUCCCAUAAUUGGCAUCUGGUCAGCCACUGUGGGAACAGGAUGCUGGACUCGACGGACCGCUGGCCUGAUCCAGCAGAUACUCUAUCUCCUUAAGUUCUUAUGUGAAUGUGUUUCCUUCCUUCCCCUUCCUCAACAAAUGUCCUCUUAAUUGCAGAUCCUUUCUAUUAUUAUUACUGCAACUGCUGCUACUAAAGAAAUGGCAAUUAGGAGUCACUGCUAGCCUUGGGAAAUGCCAUUUUGGGCCUGUAGAGAACUUUUGAAUCGGGUUCGUUCCUCCCGUGGCUCAGCUGGGGCUGCCAUUCAUUUCCAUCGGCUUGCUGGCAAACAAUGGUGACUGUUUCUAUAUGGUGCUGAGCAAUUUGCAGUCCGAAGCACAAGGACCUAACAUGUUGCUGAUUGGCAGCUUCUCUCCAACUUUCUAAGCGGCUUUGGGGAAUGAACGUGGUCCUGUAACAGUUUUCUAGUAAGCCUUCAAAAGUUGCCAGCCUACAAACAUACUUGCUAGUUUCUAGUUUGUUAGAGGGCGGGUUCUUUUUGUAUUCUGAAGAUGCAACCUCCCCCCACCCUGCCAGUCCUUGAUACCUGAUAUAUAUAGCUCUGCAUCGCUAUCUAUAUCAGUGGACCCACCCCAUUCUUUUUAAUUGUAAUUUGUUUUAAACUGAUUUUAAUAUUGUCCUUUUAAAUUGCCGCGGUUAAGAAAUUACAUCAACCAGUGGCAUAGCGCCGUUUGCCAGUACCUGGGGCACGUGUGCUUGCACAUGCCCCAGAUGGGGGCAGAGUGCAUUCGUCCAGCCCUUGCCCUCACUUCCAGGUGCAGAGAGUGAAGAGCACCCUCUGUGCCCCAUCCAGGGCACGAGGGCUCACCUGGCAUGGGCUGGGGAGUGCAGAGGAUUCUCUUCAUACUCUGUGCUCCUCAACCUCUGCCAGUGGCAGGCAGGUGCUUGAGUGCUGGACAAGGCACAGAGGGUGCUGUUUACCCUCUGCUCCCCAGGGUGCAAUGGGGAUCUUUGGGGGGGGUACCUGGUUCAUGCUCCCCCCCCCAUUGUGUAUCUGGGGCAACGGCCUUGCUGCCACCUCCCACGCCAUGCCACUGACAACAGCAGCAACAACAAAAACAAGAGAAACGGAAAUCCUUGAUGGUCAGCUUUGAGAUGAAGGCUAGAAGAGGCUAGUUUUUAAAAAAGAAAAGGCUUUACCAUGUGAACUGGCAGAAGUGAGGUGUGCCACCCUGUUCUCCUUCCACCAACCUACUUGACUUCCAUGCUGAGUGCGGAGGAUCCUUCCUUCCUCCACCAGCUCCCUCGGUCGCCUGCAUGGAAUCACCGAUCGCCUGUGGCUACCAGGCAACUCAACCGGGUUACAAAACAUCUGUGUCAUCGAAGGAAAAUAUUAACUGUCCCCAGAGUGGACUCUUGCCAUGUGCAGCUCAGACUGUAAACUGGGUUUGUGUUGAUAUGGUUUAUGUGAAGUCUGGGAAACUCCCCCCCCCCCCAACUUUGGCACAGGCAGAUUAAAAGCAACGCCCACCGUGUGGGUGAUGGAAAUGAAACUUGAGUGGAGGUGCAUCUCCGCCAAGGAGGUGAGUGCGUGUAGAUACAAUUGUCUGUAAAGCCAGCGGAGAACAAAAUGUACUUUUAACUGUAUGCAAAUAGGAGCCUGGCAAGACUUACCUCAUUGCAGAGCCUGCAGUUAAGUUAUGGGCUGCAUCAACAUCCGUGUGUGUGUUGUUCUAGAGCUAGAUUCUGUGAUGCCAAGUGAGCUGACAUGCAGAGGCUUUCUUCUUCAAACAGUCCAGAAAUAGCAAGUAACAGGUCAACUUUCUCCUAAGUGCUGUGGCUGGCUACUUUCUCCUUGAUUGAAUUUCUCUUCCCCGUAAAUCCUUGUAAAUGGAUCUGCAAGCACAAUAUUAAAGGGAUAUUUUGUCCUCUGCAGUCGGGUGGUGCUGAGCUAGGCCUUUUGAACUGGCGUGUGUAUGUGUGUGUUGCUGCCUUGAAAUGACUAACUCUUUCACACCACGGUGGCUAAGAACAGUGUUUUGUUGGCAACCAGGAAAGGCAGAUUCAUUGUUCCAGAAGUCUUAUUAAUUCCAUUGAAUCUGCCACUUUUUAAUCUGCCAUCCAGGGCAGCUUGCUCAGAGCAAGAAGGCUGCUGCAGCAGCUGUUGGAAUAUCAAUACAGUGGUACUUCGGGUUACAUACGCUUCAGGUUACAGACUCUGCUAACCCAGAAAUAGUACCUCAGGUUAAGAACUUUGCUUCAGGAUGAGAACAGAAAUCAUGCUUCGGCGGCGUGGCAGCAGCAGGAGGCCCCAUUAGCUAAAGUGGUGCUUCAGGUUAAGAACAGUUUCAGGUUAAGAACAGACCUCUGGAACCAAUUAAGUUCUUAACCCAAGGUACCACUGUAGCUGCUGCUGUUGCUGCUAUGUAGCUUUAGCAUUAUACAUUUGCUAAUGGAAAGCAGAAUUAGCCUGCUGUGGUUGCUUUUAUUGCAACCUCCCCCAAUUUGGUGGCCCCCAGAUGUUUUGGACCACUGUCCGCAAAUAAAGAGCUUUUCUCCCUCUCUCAUACAAUGCUAGAACUUGGAGCCAGAAAAGUUGAAUAUUGGAAUAUUCAGGACAGGCAACAGAAAGGACGGCGCAUAUCUAAGCUAUGACGCCCACUCCCACGAGAUGUGGCAACAGCCAUCAAUUUAGAUGGCAUUAAAAGGGGAUUACACUCAUUCAUGGAGGAUGAAGCUGUCAGGGUCCACUAGUCACGAUGGCUGUAUGCUACCUCUGGGAACAAAGCAAGUUGCUGUCCAAAACAGUGUUAGAAACUCAGCUAUAUAAACGAGGCGCCAAAUGGCACCUUAAACCUAGGUUACGGUCACCACAGCAGAAUGUGUAAUUUGCCCAGGGGUUGGAUUAGAUGAUCCUCGGGGUCCCUUCCAAUGCUACAAGUCUAUGGUUCUGUGAUCUUAGCUGCCGUAUUUUUUGCUCUAUAAGACUCACUUUUUCCCUCCUAAAAAGUAAGGGGAAAUGUGUGUGCGUCUUAUGGAGCGAAUGCAGCCUGCACAGCUACCCCAGAAGCCAGAACAGCAAGAGGGAUUGCUGCUUUCACUGCGCAGCGAUCCCUCUUGCUGUUCUGGCUUCUGAGAUUCAGAAUAUUUUUUUCUUGUUUUCCUCCUCCAAAAACUAGGUGCGUCUUGUGGUCUGGUGCGUCUUAUAGAGCGAAAAAUACGGUGCAUUGCUUGACUGUAGCUUGUUCUUACAACAAUUUACUUGUCCCCAUAUGCAAGAAGGAGAAACGUGCACAAUGGAAAGGGAAAUGGCAUUAACUAUGGACUAAAGCAGAGGUUUUUAAACUGUGGCCUGUGAGAUCCAUUUGGGUGGCCUGUGGAAAGGCUGCAGCACAGUCAAAUAUCUCUAUACCCAGCCCUGUACUUACUUUCCCUGAUGUGAUGAUGGAGGGCUAAGGUUCCCAGCAAGGGGUUCCUGAUUUGCAUGGCAACACAGAAGCACAGGAUGCGCUACUGUAGCUGCCCAUGAGUCAGCUGUCUUGAUGGACAUGGUCAGGUUGGUCAGUCGCCAGCCGGGCACCCAGAAAUCUCCACGUAGUCGCAGUUGGACUUGCACAGUAGCAAAAUGUGCCUGGAACCUGGGGAGUUUCAAACACUGAUUGGAACAUCCCACCCACUCUGGGAGGCCACAGGUAAUGAAAGGCCUAGUGGAAAAGCAGCUUUUUGCCUGGUGCCUAAACAUGUGUAAUGGGAGGUGAGCCUCCCUGGGGAGAGCAUUCCACAAAGAGGGAGCCACCACUGAAAGGACCCGCUCUUGUGUUGCCAUCUUUGGGACCUCCCUUGGAGAGGUCAUGUGAAGAAGGGCCUCAGAUGAUGAGCGCAAGGUUCGGGUCAGUUCCUGUGGGGAGAGGCGGUCCUUGAGGUCCUGGGGUUCUGAUCCAUAUAAUGCUUUAUAGGUCAGUUAGUCCAGAAACCAAUUGCAUUGCCUUUUGCUUGAACUGGGACCAGGUGUGUUUUUGCAGCCACGGGACCACAGCUCCGUGGGGCUGAGAACAAGCUGUUCUUCUUGGGCAAACCCACUGAAUUAAACAGGCUGCCUUAAUUGAGCUGUGUGUUUCUUAUUUGAGACUCUUAAUGUAUGGCUCACUAAACGGAGCGUAGCAGUUUAAGUACUCGAGAGUGUAUAAAGAGUUCCUGUUUUAUGGUGCCUGGCUGCUUGCUCUUCCUUGAUCAGUGAGGGAACAGAUCAAGCGAACGUGGUGAAUGGAUUUAUCCACCCACUCUGCAUGUUACUCUCCAGAAACAAGGCAUGGUUAGCAGAGUCAGACGUCUAAAUUUGAGUCUCUUACUGGAACUGGAAUGACAUCUCCAACUGCAGACCUCAAGUUCUCAAAGCUGUAUGGCUGAUUGCCUAAAUUUAUCAGAUUUAUGCCCAGUUUCCAGCCAAGAUAGCCUCCCAGUGGUGCAGUAUAAUUAGAAGGACAUAGAUGUGAGUUUUCUUUGCAUGGUACCUUGGUGAUUGGUGCUCACAGCGCUGGAGCUGCAGGUUGAGAGAACAGGAUGACGAGUGGUCUAAGAUGUGAAAAAGUUCCUUUACUUGUUGUUUCACAGAGUCUUUGGGCCAGUGUUCAAAAUCAGCCAGGCACAUUUUGCACCUGGCUUUCGGCAACUUGCAACCAGGUGAAGCCUGACAUCCCCGCCAUCUGGGGAUCCUUGAAUUUCAACUGUUUUCACACACUAAUGCCCAAUUCUUUAGAAUUCUAUCAGUUAUAUUUUAUCUGCACAAUCUGAAUGAAUUUCUGGAACCAAAAUGCUUUCCCCAUGCAGUCUGAGCAGGAGCAGUGAACAUUGUUAUAGUGAAUGGUUAUUGCUUUUCUUCACUUCCCUCACUUCACUGCCCUGCUCAGAGUUAUGAAGAAUAUUCUCACAUUCUGAAUGGUCCAUGUCACCAUGAAGAAAAAUAGGUAGGAAUAGGCCAAUAGAUGUGUGGACUGUCCCUGGAUAAAGUUGAUUCUUCUUCUUUCAGUUCUCAAAAGUUCUUAACCUGGCUGAAGGUUGUCAUCUGAACUAGCCAGGGUUUAACUAAUAAUCACAGUCAUUUGAAAAAUACGACUUUAGGGCCGUCUGGCCCCCAAAUAGCAACUAGGCAUUCUGUUUUGACGACUGCAACCUUGAUUUAAGGAAUCAUUUGGCACCUAGCUUAUAUAUUGGGAGUUUCUAACACUGCUUUGGGCUGCUUCUCAUUCAGGCUUCAGAGAUUAGAGCAGAGAGUUUCCUAAACAGGCUCAUUUCCUGGAAACGGACGCAUUCACGGAGCAGGCCUGCAUGUAUCAGAGCCAGCCUUCCUCCUUUCUUAAGUAAUGCAAGAAUCCCCUUUGGCAGGCGCUGUCCGUAACCCCACUCCAUAGCACCUGCGUGCAGAAGGUCUCCAGCUCCUCUCAGUGAGACCUCUCAGCCUGAGCUGCUGCCUACCAGUGCAGGCAACACUGCUUUAACGUUAGGCAAGGUCCCUUUCCUAGGGGAAAAGCAAGCAACCCAGCAGAUGUCAGGGUGGGAAGGGAGGACAUUUCAGGGAGUUUGUUGGCAGAAAGGAAAGGGCACCUCCUUUUAUUACCCCUCCCCUAAAAGGUCCUUUCCCACCUUAGCUCUCUUUGGUCACUUGGCAAGGCCAGCGUCUUCCUACUCCUCCCUGGAGUGCUUCCCUGGCAGCUUUAUUUAUCUUACACCCAUUGGCUGCCAAUCAGCACCAGACUGGCAUUGGGCACGUCCCUCCCUCCCUCUCUCUCCUGCUCCCCCCCCCCGCCACUACCUGCCUGCGCGUGCUGCCUUUCUGCCAUCCAGCCACUACGCUUUUCCGCGAAGAAUGUAAACAUUCCCUCCUGUUUGCUUUCUGAUUUAUCAGGAGCUGUGCCCGGUUACAUAACUGCAUAUUUAUGGCUGCAGCUAAAAAUAAUUUAAAAAACACCAGGAACAGAAAAAGCUAUUUUUAUCCCACUCGGCAGUGGGCAUCUCUUGCUUUUUGUGUGAGUGUGUGUCUCUCUCUGCAUGUGCGUUGACGCUUUAUUUUGGUCACUCCUUUCAUCUCAGGAGUAGGCGUUUAGCUAAAUUCAUUUAUUUUAUUUCAUCUGUCAUGGAUGUUUGAGUUGAGGUUCCUGCAUUGCAAGGGGUUGGACUAGAUGGCCCUUGGCAUCCCUUCCAACUCUAUGAUAAAAUGUAUACUCCACUUGAUUGUGAAACAAAAAAAAUGCAAAAUGCCUCAAAGCGGUUUACAAAAAGAGUAUGUUGAUAAAAACAAUCAGAAGCAACAAUUUAAAGCACUGAAAAAAAUUAAACAGGGCAAUAAGCUAAAAUAGAUUAAAACACACAUCAAUAUUCGGCAUAUUGUCUAACCUAAAUUGUUUGACUGACUGGCAGGAGUGGGAAAUCUUAGGCCCUGGGGGCCAAAUGUGCUGCUCCGAUCCUCUCUGUAUGGCCCUUGGGAUUCUCACCGUCCCUCUUCUCUGUUCUCCUCAAGGGCUUUUGCCUGAUUAGACUGUGUCCUUGGUCUCUGAUGAUCCCUCUUGGUUGCCUGGAUUGAAGGGAUGCAUAGACACUUUGGUCUUUUGCACACUUGGAGUGCAGCCUCAGAUGCACAGAUAAGAACAUGGGUAGGCAAACUAAGGCCCGGGGCUGGCCCAGAUCCAGCCCAAUCGCCUUAUAAUCUGGCCCGGGAAUCAGGGUGUUUUUACAUGAGUAGAAUGUGCCCUUUUAUUUAAAAUGCAUCUCUGGGUCAUUUGUGGGGCCUGCCUGGUGUUUUUACAUGAGUAGAAUGUGUGCUUUUAUUUAAAAUGCAUCUCUGGGUUAUUUGUGGGGCAUAGGAAUUCGUUCUUAUCCCCCCCCCAUAUAGUCUGGCCCCCCACAAGUUCUGAGGGACAGUGGACCGGCCCCCUGCUGAAAAAGUUUGCCGACCCCUGGAUAAGAGUCUCAUGCAUUGUUCUGUCUCCUUUUCCUUGGCCCCUGCCUGUCACUGUGAUACAGCCCCUUAGAUGCUUCCCUCUGAGAGAAUGUGGCCCACCCCUGCUAUCAUCUCUCUCUGCGAUAGGAGGGCCUGGGACCUUCUCUAUGCCUAAGCCCAGGGCAGAGCCUGAAGGCUUGAGAGGCAGCCAUUUUUUGCUGGAGCCAAGCAGACCUGUGCACGCUUCAUGCCUAGAGGGGCGCCGUCUGCACUCCUGUCGCAGAAGAGAGCCAGCGCUCAGGUAGGGUUUGCAGUGCCAGACUAGGACCUGGGAGAUGAGGGUUCAAAUCUCCACUCGGCCAUGCAGCUCUCUGGGUAAUGAUCCUCAAGGCUUCUCUCAGCCUAACCUACCUCACAGGGUUGUCGCGUGGGUCAGUGAGGGGGGGGGAGGACCAUGCACGCCACCUGGAGCUCCUUGGAUAAAAUAAGUGAUAUUUAAAUGCAAUAAAUAACAACAACAGCAAUAAUAAGAGAGGCAUGCCGUGAAUGUGCUCUGCCCAUCCCUAAGUGUUGCAGCAGAACCACCUGUAAGUACAACCUCCUUCUCCCAAGGCAGUUUACCUCGGGGAGUUGCAGGUGCUGGGCCCCAGCAAAAAGAGAAUGCCUUCUUUUCUUGUGAGGCUUCCCCCCACUUUGGCUCUUGGAAGCAGAUUGCUGGAACAGGCCAGCCUGAGCCAGCAACGGGCUGCUGUUCUCGUCCGCCUACAGGGUUCUCUGCGCCGCCUAGCCCUCAGCAAUGGGCUGUGCGGAUCGAUGGGGCGGCGGGAGUCUUCUGUUUGCUCUGGGAUGGGAAGGUGCGCCACGGCUGCCUCAUUAGGUCCAGGGCCCGGCCUGGCAAGAACAGCGCAUCUGCUGAUUGAUAAAAUGUUUCUGGCUCCCGGUCCGUUCCGCCUUGACUUCCAGCGGCCCGUAUUGAUUACAUUUCAUUUCUUUUUCUUUUUUAACUAAGCUGCAUUAAUAAUGUAAAAGCUCUUAGGACGUUUCUAGGCUCUGGGUGUAAUUGGCAGGGGGCUGCUGGUCUGUGCGUGUUUGUUUUAAUAGAGCUCCUGGUUAUGUCUGCUUAAAUGGCUUGCUUACAGAUCCUGCGUAAAAAUGGUCUGCUGAUUUCAGCAUGUUCCAUAUGGAAGGGCCGUCGCUCAGCUGCAGAGCACAAGCUUUGCAUGCAAAUGGUCCCAGUUCAAUCCCUGGCAUCUUUAAGCAGGGCUGGUUGUUGUUGUUGUUGUUGUUGUUGUUGUUAUUGUUACCCUAAAGGAGAGAGCUUACAAUUCUUUCUUUCUUUCUUUCUUUCUUUCUUUCUUUCUUUCUUUCUUUCUUUCUAUUAUUAUUAUUUUAUUAUUGUUAGCCUGCCCUUUACCCUUUGUUGUUUAGUCGUGUCCUCCUCUUCGUGACCCCCUGAACCAGAGCACGCCAGGCACUCCUGUCUUCCACUGCCUCCCACAGUUUGGUCAAACUCAUGUUGGUAGCUUCAUGAACACUGUCCAACCAUCUUGUCCUCUGCUGUCCCCUUCUCCUUGUGCCCUCAAUCUUUCCCAACACCAGGGUCUUUUCAUCAUGAUAAUGUUACCAACUGGUCCUGUUUUAAGAAGGGGAAGCAAAGUGCUUCCUAAACCUUUUGAGACUUCAGGAAUGGUGUUUGUUUUUGUGUGGUUUAAUUUGUAGAUUAAAACCCAAGGCAAACUCAAAAAGACGCUCAUAUUUUCUUGAUCAGAUUCUGGAGCAGUGGGUAAAAAGAUCCUCUUUGCAUCUGUGGGGACCACAGAGCUAAUAUGGUAACCAUUCUGUGUUCACUGGUUGUCUGAUAUUCAUUGGGUGGUUAGUAUGUGAAAUCUGUUUUGGACUACAGCUCCCAUCAGCCAGCAUGGCCAUGUGUCCCCAGGGCUGAUGGGAACUGUAGUCUGAGACUUCUGCAAGGCACCAGGAAAGACUGACCUGUGUUAUCACGACCUGUAUAUAUUUGUGUUGCUUUCACCAGAUCUGCUGCUUCCAGCUUAUAUUUGCGUACUGGUGUGUUGAAGCUGAUGAUGUGUUUAAAAGGGGUUGUGGGAUAAAUCUUAAUAACGUAUAAUAUCCCCUCCCCUUCCUUUUUUGUCCAGCUAGUCAGGAACUUGGCGUCAGGAUUUGGUUGUCGGGAAUGACGAUGCUUCUUUCAGCAUGGGCUAGUGUUUCCCAAAGUGGGCAGUACCUCCCUUGGGGGGCAGUGGGGUUAUCUAGGGGACCCUAAGAGGCAGGGGGCUCUGUGGGGUGUAAAUGCCUAUCAGACUUUGAAAAGCUGGAUCAAGUUCAUCAGUUUCAUUGAAUUCAUAAAAUGAAAUAGUUUUGAUUGGAUAUUGAAUGCAUGUGCAAUUGAUUUUGAAUUUUAUUGUGUCCUUAUCUUCCUUAGUGGGUUGUGCAAACUGCUAUUCUUAAUUAUGCUUUGUGUAGGGUAGGGGGUUACUGGAGAUGAAUUUGUGGAGCCGAGGGGGUGGGACCCCCCCAAAAGUUGGGGAACCACAGGAACACACUGAAAAUGCCUCCUUGCUCCCGUCCUUCCUGUUCAUGCCUGGGUCAGGCCAGAGGUAGAUGUCUAGACCAGCACCCUUUUUCCCCUGCUCUGCGCAAUUGGAUGCCUCCAUGCAGCCCACAGACUCAGGGACCAGAAGGCAGGACUCCCCCUCCUCUUGUUAAAUGGGCAUUCAGAGUCAAGCUGCCUCGGAAAUGUGGCUGUUGCAUCUGUACCAGCCCUCAUGGCGCGCAGAUACCCAUGGGCAUGUGUUCUUCAAAUUGGCCUGAGGUUGGCUUGGCUUUUUUAAUAAAUAUGUAAUUAACAUAGUUUACAUGCCACUUGAUUGCAAUAAGAUGUUUACAAGAUUCCAAAGCAAAUAAAUGCAGUCACUUCCAGAAAGUACAGCUAGUGGGUACCUGCUAUAUCUCAACGGGCAUCCUAUUCCACAGGGCAGGAGCAGCAACACUAAAAGCCCUGCUGCAAGUUAGUAUGGAUCGGGCUUCUCAGACUUUUGGAGCACACGGGAGAAGCUUUCCGGCAGUCCUCAGUGAUCUACUGCUUGUGUAAGAGACAAGACAGUCUCUCAAGCAAUCUGGUCUUUCAGUUAUGUAGGAUCUUGAGUAUCAACACAUUGAACUUGGCUCAGUAGCAGCCAGUGUGAGCAGAGCAUUACAAGCAACCUAGCCCCUGCGUUCUGCACCAGUUGCAUCCUCUGAAUUAAUCCCAAAGGUAUAUCUAUUGCAGAAAUCCAACUGUGAGGUUAGUUGGGUACAACCAUGCCAGGUGCUUGGGUUCCAUAUCUCCUCCUGGCCAGCCCAGGAUUGUUCCUUCUCCACCUGGAACCUGCACAGCUUAAUUAAUCUUCCUCUUUCUCUGUUUUCUAGCUACAGCUACAGAAAAACCAGUAUUUGCAGUUGGGCCAGACCCGUGGCCAGUACUAUGGAGGAUCCCUCCCAAAUGUCAAUCAGAUUGGGAGCAGUGCUAUGGACCUGCCUUUCCAGGUGAGGGUUGCCCUUUCUGCCCGAGAGCAUCGGCAGAUAUUUCUCUUAAUUUCUUUUUUCCCUCCAUCUAAAAAGCAGUAUCCACAUGCUGCACUAAAAGGAGCUGUAUACAUUAUUUUGUCAUUCAUUUAUAGAUAUGUAUAUAUAUGUGUGUGUGUGUGUGUGUAUUGAAUCCUGCACUUUCCUCCAAAGGAACCCAGGACAUUGUGUAGAAUAAUAAUAAUAAUAAUAAUGUUAUUAUUUAUAUGCCACCCAUCUGACUGGAUUGCCCCAGCCACUCUGGGUGGCUUCCAACAAAAUAUCAAAACACACAAAAAAAACUGCAAUAUUAAAAACCUCCCUAAUUGGUUCAGACACCUGUAUUCAGGUCCCAUAAAUUGAUAUCAGACUGCAAAGUUGUUUUGUUUUGUUUUUUGGUGUGUGUGUGUAUGCAAAUAUUACUAGUAAUUCAGUUUUGAAUGGCCACCUGUCCUGGAUUCUUUAGCUGAGAUUCCUGCAUUGCAGAGGGUUGGACUAGAUGACCCCUGGGGAUCUCUUCCAACUCUGUGAUUCUAUGAAUAAUACCCCACAAAUAUUCUUGCUUGGUCUGUAGGAAAUUACUAGCUACUAUGCAGGAGAAAGGCCAAGCCUGUUUCUCAAUUUUGAAAGACUAUAUAAAAGAUUUGAAAGCGUUUGUAGUAUCCUUGAAACUGAUGGACUUCAAGCACGCAAUUAUUCCUAUGAAGUCAGGUUAAACUUCGCUAGCCAUAUGCAUGAAAGCAAUUUGCCACACUGGUAGAAGUGGAAGAGACCCCUGAAAGUCAUCUGGUUGAAUCCUCUGCAAUGUUGUCACAGGGUUGUUUUUCCCAUCCUUUCAAUGCCCAUUUGCCUUUCUCUUCAGACUCCGUUUCAGUCAUCAGGAUUGGACACCAGCAGGACGACCCGGCACCAUGGGCUGGUGGACAGGGUGUAUCGUGACCGGAACCGCCUUGGCUCGCCCCACCGGCGCCCGCUGUCCGUGGAUAAGCACGGCAGGCAGAUAUCCUUUGGCUCAGCAUUGCAGCCUAGAGCAUAGGAGGGGAUGCAUGUGCCUGGGAGAUGUUUAGGAAGGUGCAGCUUAUCAGUAGGUGCUGGGAACACACGAAAACCUGAACUGGUAACACAUUAAAAAUACACUGUGCACAAGGAAAGAGAGACCAGGAAGGAAAAGGAAAAAAGCAAGCUCAGGCGUCAGUUCUUUAAAAAGCAGUUCUGAGAAUGGAUAUCUGGCCUAGAAGCAGCCCAGGGGCAGGAGGCAUCUGAUGAAGCUGGUCCUUCAGCGGAGGCGACUUAACGUGCCCUGCUUCCCAUCUCUCCCACAUUUAGGGCCCUACUAGAAGCCCCCCUUUCAUUCUGAGGUGGGAUGUGGCAUAGCCCUAGUUAAUUUUCAUCUGAAAGGCCAUGAAGCCAUCUGUAAGAGAAGGAUGAAGCAGUGCUUUGAGAUCAGCUUUAGCCAGAGGUGAAGGGAAAUGUCAGGUGAAAGGAAAGAAGAGGAAGCAAGGCAUUGAGAGAGGGAGAGAGAAUAGAAAGCAAACACCGUCCGAACACCGUUUUGUAGCUCUUCCCCAUUAAGUGCAGUGGGUUUCUUUGCAAAACUGGGGGCUUGCCCUGUGCUGACCAAACACCAUGUGGUGUCUGUGUGUAAAUAUAUGACGCCCAACAAGGCCUGUCGAACACUUAAAACUUUUAUUGCUGAAACUUUCCCAAGAAGCUCUGGAUACCUUCCCUUCUUCCUUGACUGCCCGACUCACGUGGACAGCUGUCCGUAUGGUACCGUCUACCUGUCGCCUCCUUCAGACACAAGCUGGAGGAGGUACGUAAGUGCUGAUUUUUGAACUCGGGGUAUUCCGGUUGCAAAAUGCCCUGUUGAUCCUCCUCCUGUCUAGCACAGUCCUGCUUUAAAAACUGCAAUUCUUUGUCGGGACAGGGGUGGGCAGGCGGAGAGAGAGAACUGCAGACAGGGAGUCUCCUGGAUCAGGCCCCUGGCCCAUUGAGUCCAGCAUCCUCUUCUCACAGGGGCCAACCAGAGGCCCCAAUGGGAAACCCACAAGCAGGACCUGAGCACAAGUUCACACUCUGGUAGUUUCCAGACACUGGUGUUCAGAAAAUGCCAGUUAGGGAUGCUGGCAUUGCAAGAUCCUGCUCUGAGCUCCCUUCAUCCAAUUUCUGCCCAGCUGCUCCUUUUAUACCGUAUUUUUCGCUCUAUAACACGCACCCGACCAUAACACGCACGUAGUUUUUAGAGGAGGAAAAUCCGUAGGCAUGCCACCCAUAGGCAUUCCCUCCAUAACACGCACAGACAUUUCCCCUUACUUUCUAGGAGGAAAAAAGUGAGUGUUAUGGUGCAAAAAAUACGGUAUCUCCAACCACAGAGAGACCACAAGGCAGCCUCUGUCCUGUUGUCGAACAACUCCUUUCAUUAGGAAGUUUCCUCUAACAUUUAGCCAAAAUCCAGGCAGACGUCAAGCUACUUGGCUAGUGAUUUCCUGCACUCCUUUUUCAAAGCCGGGUGGGAGGUUGGCCAUUGUAAUGAGUAUGGGUUGCUCGUGUGUAAGUUGCCGCCUUUCCUGGCUUUGUUGCCUUGCUAAACCUUUCAGUCUGGGCAGCCCUUCACUUCGUGGCUGCCUCAGUCGCUAGCAGAAUCCGUCAGUGGGCGUUUCUUAAACCUUUUCCAACAUAAAAGUUGUUUGACACCCAGUCUCCUCCUACUCUCUCUGCGCGGAAGUCUUCUGCGCAGGGAGGGCGUGGGUAGCGGAGGACCCGUGCUCUCCCCUCUGGUGUCCGGUGAAGAGUCUGGGAGCCCUUUCGCCGCUUCCCCCAUCUGCCCCUCUUUAUUCCUGGUGUUGCGCUGAAUUGCUUCCCCAUCUGCUGAGCUGCCUCUCUCCCUGCUGGGCCCUUCUCCAGCAUCAUUUGAGAGCCUUCCCUCCGCCUCUAGCUCCGAUGUCAGUUCCCUGACAGCCACUUUCCAGCUCUGAUAGUUUUUGUCUGCCCUUUCUCAACCAGGACCAAUUCAGAUUCUGCCCUGCACCAGAGUACGAUGACUCCCACUCAGGCGGAGCCUUUCUUAGCUGGGUCACAGGACAUGCAGCAAAAAAGAGGUGAAGUAUAUACAGUAUAUCUGUUUUGUCACUGAGCAUGGGAGGGAGGCGGAAAGGGCUUUUAAUGAAUAGUCUGAGACUUCAAAAAACACACCCACCCUCAAUAAAAGCUGUAAAUUACACAAUGCAACUUACAACCUAAAAAUAUACAUAUCGAAAGUCAGGUCAGUACACAUAAAGGACCUUUUUUUAAGGAAAACGGAAGAACAAGGGAAAGCAUUUAAAAAAAUGCAGUUUAGUUUUACCUGCUUGGGUCCAACGGAGUCUCGUUUUCAGGGCACCUUUUGCUGAUCCAUAAUGAGAUUUCCCCCCCACCUUUAAAUUAAUUUCUUGUAGUCUUACUGUUGGCCGUCCCAGGCAUGGAGGAAGACACAGCGGAUACAGAGAAGAACCUCUCGAAGCAAGGGUGGGAAGCUAAGAAGGUAAAGGCACUGAUUCUGCCCCAGUGUGACAUGCUACACAGCUACAUAAACUUGUUCCAACAAGUUCCCCAACUGGGGAAAGUUGGGUUUGCUUCUAAGGCUUAAUUAAGAGCGUUCAGGGUGGCGAUACCUUUUGGCUUAUAAGCUCUCUUUUGAAAACAAGGUGUCCUGACAGCUCAUGAUUAGAUUCUGCAGCCUGUAUAAAUGAUGCAGAAAAGGAAUGACUCUGUUUCUCUCUCUUGUCUCUCUCUCUCUUUCAGACCGGAUCCUCAAGGCCUAAAUCCUGUGAGGUUCCAGGAAUCAAGUACGUGAAAGAGUCGGGGUUGUUUGGUUUCUGCAUUGGUAGGACACUUUGGCUGGCUUUUUGUAGAAACAAAGGGUUAUAUCCCCCGUUGGUCAUACUCUGAGGAGACCCACUGUAAUUGGUGAACAUCCUAGGCUGAAUUAAAUUCAGAGGGGUCUGCUGUGAGUAUAACUUAGUUGGAUCCUUCCCCGUCGUCUGUUGUCCCUUCCUGUGGGUGUGCUGGGAAGAGUCAUGUCGAAUCAUGAAGUUGGAAGGGACCCCAAGGGUCAUCUAGCCUAACCCCCUUCAAGGCAGGAAUCUCAGCUAAAGCAUCCCGGAUGGAUGACCAACCUCUGCUUAAAAACCUCCAAGGAAGGAGAGCCCACCACUUUCCAAGAGAGUCUGUCCCACUGUCCAUCAGAAAGCUCUUUCUAAUGUUUAAUCCAGGGGUAGGCAACCUAAGGCCCGUGGGCCGGAUGCGGCCCAAUCGCCUUCUAAAUCUGGCCCAUGGACGGUCCGGGAAUCUGCGUGUUUUUACAUGAGUAGAAUGUGUGCUUUUAUUUAAAAUACAUCUCUGGGUUAUUUGUGGGGCCCAGGAAUUCGUUCAUUUCCCCAAAAAAAUAUGAUCCGGCCCCCCACAAGGUCUGUGGGACGGUGGACUGGCCCACGGCUGAAAAAGGUUGCUGAUUCCUGGUUUAAUUGGAAUCUCCUCUUUCUUGUAACUUGAAGCCAUUGGUUGGGUCCCAAGCAGGAGAAAACAAGCUGGCUCUGUCUUCCAUGUGACAGCCCUUUAGAUUUUGGAAGAUGGCUAUUGUAUCUCCUAUGUAACUGACAACAAAGAAAGUACAGUGUCAUUGCUUUAGCAACUCUAGGAAAUACAGUGGUGCCCCGCAAGACGAAUGCCUCGCAAGACGGAAAAACCGCUAGACGAAAGGGUUUUCCGUUUUGAAGUUGCUUCGCAGGACGAAUUCCCCUAUGGGCUUGCUUCGCAAGACGAAAAUACCUUGCGAGUCUUGAGAUUUUUUUUCGCUUUUCCCCUUUAUCUAAUCUGCUAAGCCUUUAAUAGCCUUUAAUAGCCUUUUAGCAGCUAAUCCCUAAGCCUUUAAGCCUUUAAUAGCCGCUAAACAGCUGAUAGCGCUAAUAGCGCUAAUCCGUCAAUGGGCUUGCUUCGCAAGACGAAAAAACCGCUAGACGAAGACUCUUGCGGAACGGAUUAAUUUCGUCUUGCGAGGCACCACUGUAGGUACAGUGGUACCUCCGGUUGUGGACAGGAUCUGUUCUGGAGCUCCGGUCGGAUCCCGAGGUUUCCGCAACUGGAGGGACCGCUUUUGCACAUGCAUGCAGCGUGGUAAAGCGCUUCUGUGUAUGCGCACACGGCGAAACCAAAAAAAAUACUUCUAGGUUUCCCACAUUCACAUCCUGAAGGAUAUGCAACCGGAGGUGUGCACAUCCAGAGGUACCACUGUGGUUGCAACUCAUUGGGGAGUCCUAAGAACAAUGGGAGGCAAGGCUUAGUUGAGACAUCAUGGGAAAGCCUAACUGUGGUGUGGCACAGUGCUUGAACUGAGAUAACUAUGUGGUCUUGGGGUAUUUUUGUCUGUCAAAUGGUUCAGUUUUCUCUCCCCCGCCCCCCCCGGUUUCUUCUUGAGCACAGCAUCUUUCCGUCAGCUGACCAGGAAAACACUACCACACUUAUCCCCGCCACUCACAACACGGGUGGUUCCCUGCCGGACCUGACAAACAUCCACUUCCCCUCUCCUCUCCCGACGCCGCUGGACCCAGAAGAAUCCCCUUUCCCAUCCCUCAGCAGUUCCAACAGCACCGGGAACCUUGCGGCCAACUUGACGCAUAUGGGCAUCAGCACAGCCAAUCAGGGUAAGGGGUGCUGCGGCUGCAGCUGCCCAGAAUGACAGUGUGACUUCACUUCCUGUCCUGCAAUGCCACUUCCUGUCUAAGCUCGCUUUUCACUGUUGCAAACCUCCUUUGUCUAGUUUGUCGUUCUGGGUGGAGGGAGAUCUGAAAACCAAGCCCUGUCUUUGUGAAGUAAUUCCAUUUUACUGGCGAUAGGGAGCGGCAGUUAGCAGGCGGAGGCCCACAGAAUCAUAGAGUUGGAAGGGACCUAGAGGGUCAUCUAGUCCAACCCCCUUGGAUGAUGUUGGGCAGAGCCUGCUUCCUCUGAGGGUAGCAGAGCAUCAGAUACCUCCAAAAUACAGUGCUUUAAUUUUCUAAGACAACUUUCAACCCCCUUUUUGGCUGUGGCUCUUAUACCCAUUUUGCAAAUCGCUGUUUAAAAGUUCAGUUUCUUUCUCCUUGUCCCCUCAUCACGGCAAACCUACGAAACCCAAACAUUUGGGGUAGAGGGAAGAGAGCCCCUGAGCUCCUUAGAAAGAUGGUGAUUAUGAUGAUUUGUUUAUUACAUUUAUAUACCACCCUUAAUCCAAAGAUCGCAGGGAGGUUCACAACAGAAAAAUAACAAAACAAGAAUACAGAUCAUGCAUAUGUGGUCGAAACCAAGAAUUUAAAAGAAAAAGAAGAAAAGGAGAGAAGCAGUGAGGAAGGGGGGAGAAGACUGGCAAAGCCCACAUGGUGUGCAUAUCAUGCAAACAGCUCUGAAGAGGGGGCCCAAAUCUCAGGAAAGGUGUGUUUUUUUCGUCUCUGGGCAGAAGUACCUUUUUCAUACACUGCAAGAUAGGAAAGGCCCUUCAACCAAUCAGCUAUUGGAGGAGUUGGCUAGUCCUUCCAAAACCACCACCACCACUACUACUACUACUACUAAUAAUAAUAAUAAUAAUUUAUUAUUUAAACCCUGCCCAUCCAGCCGGGUCUCCCCAGCUAGUCUGGUCGGCUCCCAACAGAGGACUAAAAACUGAAUAAAACUUCAAACAUUAAAAACUUCCCUAAACAGGGCUGCCUUCAGGUGUCUUCUAAAAGUCAGAUAGUUCUUUAUUUCCUUGACAUCUGAUGGGAGGCGUUCCACAGGGUGGGCACCACUUCCGAGAAGGCCCUCUGACUGGUUCCCUGUAGCUUUGCUUCUCUCAGGGAGGGAACCGCCAGAAGGGCCUCGGAGAUGGACCUCAGUGUCCGGGCAGAACAAAGGGGGUGGAGACGCUCCUUCAGGUAUACUGGGCUGAGGCCGUUUAGGGCUUUAAAGGUCAGUACCAACACUUUGAAUUGUGCUCGGAAACGUACUGGGAGCCACUAACGCAUGCAAGUUCCAGGACGUUAGGAUAUAAUGGAGUAUAACAUAGGAGGGAAACCCUGUAGCUCAUCUCAGAAUGCGUAGGAUGCCCUGUCUACACCUGGCACGUUCAGCAUGCAGCGGGAUGGAAAUGAAGCUGCAGCCUCAGAUGUAACCUGACUUAGCCCCUCUCCCGCUGCCCAGGGGGUCAUCUUGUUUGGGAGCUGAGUUUAUUAGGUUGCCAGGACAGCUGAGCAUGGUAAUAGUUCUCAGUCCAUGCGGGUGGAGGGAGAUCGUAGAGUUGUUGCCGGUCAUUGCAGACCAGGCUUGGGGGAACCUGCUGCCCUCUAGAAGUCGUUGGACUCAGCUCCAGUUGACGUGGAUGGUAGCCAAGAGUGAUGGGAGUUUCAGUCUUAGAAUAUCCGUCACUGUAGGCAGUUCUGAAGAAGCUGCCUUAUACAGAGCCCAUAGAAUCGUAGAAUGUUAGGAGCUGGAAGGGACCCCAAGGGUCAUCCAGCCCAACUUUCUGCAAUGCAGAAAUCGCAGCUGAAGAACCCCUGACGGAUGGCCAGCCAAACCUGCAAUGACAGAGUCCACCGCCUUCCGAGGGAGUCCAGAUUGUGUAUUUUGAAGCGUGUUCAGGGGGUUUUAUUAUUAUUAUUAUUUUAUUUUAUUUUAUUGGUUUUCACUUAUUACAUUACAAAUGUACCGAAGCCAACACCAUUUCCUCCCCUUCUCCCCAUACAUUUACAUUUAUAUUUCUUCAGUCCAUUAUAUUAUUCUUUUCUCCUUCCUCCCACUUCCCUCCACCCCCACUCGAUUUCCUCCACAUUAUACAAUUUACAAUAAUCUUUGCAUUCUACAGUCUUCUCAAAUCGUCUAUAUAUUCUUAUUUUUUUUCCUUACUAAUUUUUCUUCCUUCCAGUACUUCACAUUUUAAUCUAGGCAUAUUAGCGUAUCUUUUUUUGAGCAAUAUUUUGCCAUAUAUUCAUCAAAACAUUUCCACUCCUUUUUAAAUUUUUGAUUCGACUGAUUUCUUAUUAUAGCAGUUAAUUUUGACAAAAUUAAAUAUUCAUUUAGUUUACAAAUCCAUUCCUCCUUUGUGGGUAUAGUUUGUGACUUCCACCUAGUAGCAAUCACUAUUCUAGCAGCUGUACUUGCAUAUAGAAAAAUUCUUUCCCCCCCACCCCCGUGGUAUCUCUUCAUCUAUCAGUCCAAGGAGAUAUGUCUCUGGUUUCUUUGUUAUUGAUAUUUUCAACAUCUCCUUUAGUUCUUCAUGUACUACUACCCAAAAUUUCUUAAUUUCCUCACACCACCACAUAUGAAAUCCAACCUAUGUUGGAGAUGUGGUGGAGAAAUAAGCGUGUUCAGGGUUAGCCUUGCCAGAACUACCCUUUGGCAUGGGAACGAGUGACGGGAAGACCCCCGCGGGAGCCCGUGUGCUGACAUUUCCCUCCAUUUGCCGCAGGGAUGACGACGACGCAGGCCUCUUCCCAGCAGCACCGACAGCCACCCACUGGUCCCCUUUCGCUGAACACAGACUCCAGGAGAAACCAGCCCCAGCAGGUCUCCCCCACGCUCUCGCCUCUGUCGCCAAUCACUCAGGUACGCAAGGGAUGCGAUGGGGGUCACUUUUAUUGGGAGCAUGCUGUGGAGUAGGCGGACGAGGCUUGGGUCUGCGGUUUCCAUAAUCCAGUGCUAGUUUUGACAGAAAGGCUGGCGCUGAAGAGGGGUGGCAGAAAAGAUCUGAUGUUGUUCUGAGUUACUGGUGCCAGCAAACUUUGUGGCUGAGUGGGGAUUUGAACCCUGGUCUCUCUGGUCCCAGUCCAACACUCCAACCAGUGCACCACCAUUGGCUGUCUCAUAUCCCAGCUCUUGAUAUCCUAGCCUUGGAAUUGUGGAAUUGUAGAAUGGGAAGGAACCCUGAGAGUCAUCUAGACCAACCCCCUGCAAUGCAGGAAUCUUUUGCCCAACGUGGGGUUCCAUGACCCUGAGAUUAAGACUCUCAAAGUUUAUUAAGUGGCCCAGUGAGACCUCUGGGCACUUUGGAAUGUUUUAAACACACAAGCACACAUACGUUUGAGCAUCACUUAUUUCUGCUAGGUGCUGGCUGUUUCCACAGACCACUAGUAGGGACCCCUGCUCUUGGACUGGGUCAUCUGAAGGAGAGCGCCCUGGCCUCCCUGCCUGUCCUGUGACCCAGGGGAGGCUAUUCCUCACUGCCCUCUCCUGCCCUGUCCCCCUCCCCAGGCCAUGGCAAUGGACGCCCUCUCCCUGGAGCAGCAGCUCCCGCCCUACCCCUUCUUUACCCAGACGAGCGCCCAGCAGCAGCAGCAACAGCAGACCCAGGUCGCCAGCGCUCUCCCGCCCAAUGCCUCCCUGAUGCAGACGUCCGGCCUGCAGCGAGGGGUGCAGCUGCCCCCGCUCUCCGUCACCGUCCCUUCCACAAUCCCACAGUCUCCGCCGGGAAGCCAGACCCAGACCUCCAUGGGGAUAGACAUCAGUUCGGUAAGCUGGACUGGGGAAGGGCUGGGCGGGCAAGGUAGGGAGCCCUGGGGGGUGUGGGUCUAGGUCUGGGUGGGUGUGCACGCGGAGGACUUGCAAGAUCUCCUGGGUCAUGCAGGAAUAGGGCAGCGAGAAGUUGGUGCACAACCACCUUUGCAGAAGUGUUGGUCUGCCAUCUACAUCGCAGGUGCCUGACCUCUUUAGAACUUGAACUGCUUCUCUGUAGACAAAGCAGAUGGCUUCCAAGACCAUUUUGGCAGUCACUGCUCCCACUCCCGGGGGCCUCUGGGAAAUGAGUCGCUACAGAGAUUUCUCCAAAGGGUGCAUGUUAGGAGAAAGGACUGCAAUUUCAAGGGGUCUGGGUUGGGCGUUCCUAAGCAGGCUUUUAGGUAACAGCUUCAAGGCAGAGGGCAGGCCUGCCUCCCAAGUCCGGCCGUGCGCUCUGUCGUUCUGCUCAGGGUGACUUUAGGGGAGCCCUUGAGAGCUGCCAGCGCCCGUAUAUUUCCUUGUCUUGGCAAAAGGAAAUGGGCAUGCUGGCUUCUCGGGACAUCAGCCUGAGUGGAUUAUCAGGAUGUACAGGAAACUGUCAUGCCCUCUAUCCCAGGCUUUUGGCUUGAUCAAAGGCAGCUUCUCCUGGGGAGCCUCCCACCUCAGCCUCUGCCAACACCAGGCCCUCUCACUGAUCUGGAAUCCUACAGUUGUGCUAGCUGGGAGGGUGGGGUGGUUUUGGGAGUCGCUACACAGUGAAUGACAAAGGCUGGGUUUAGUUCCCGGCUUCGAGCCUCAGGGUCCUCAGUGGAUGGAGGUGUCUCACCUGCCUCCCCUGAGCUUCCCACUGAGUCUCCACUUACCAUAGAGGAUGCAGGAGCAGCUUUGCUAAGGUUUGAGCUUGCAGCCUUCCCCUUCUGCCCCCUUUCUGUCUUCUCCAAACUCCUCUUCACGCAUUGGAGCGGUUGGCAGAAGCGUUUGCUCUUUUUAGUGUUACGAAGCAGAGCUUGUGUAUGUGUGGCUUUUCUUUCUUCUUUAAAGGCAGGGGACCAGAAAAUUCUGCAGCCUUUCUAAACGAUGCCAACUUCUUGACACCCUGCUUCUGAAUUGGCUAGGGGUCCUCCCCAGCCCUGACCCUCAGGCCUGGGGGUCUACAGGAGGAGAGAUUUUCUCUUGUGCUCGGAUCCUGCUUGCAGGUUUCGCUUGGGGACAUCUGGUUGGCUACAGUGAGAACAGGAUGCUGGACUAGAUGGGUCACUGGCCUGAUCUGGCGGGCUCUUCUUAGGUUCGCACCGUGUUCCAAGCAACCCUUUGCACCAAUGAGGUCUCUGUGUUUAACGUUUGACACUGAGGUUCCCAGGAAGUCCGAAAUCGCACACACACCCUGUCCUUUUUCUCCUGGGAUUUCAGUACAUGCAUCCACACCCAGCAACAUCGUUGUUGUUGUUGUUGUUAUUAUUAUUAUUAUUAUUUAUUACAUCCCCUGGACAAGGCAGGGGAGAAGCACCUUGCUGCAAGACAGGAGUGGAGAGUUCACUGAGCACAGAUCUCCCCAAUUUUAGAUGCAGGUGUGAGAAAGCCAAAGAAGGGGCUGUGUUCUCCUUGCAAAAGCAGUGUGCCAGCCACACCUCUUAAGCGGGAUCCGUGGAGGAGAGGACUUACUGAUGGCUACUAGCCAUGCUGGCAGGGUUCCCCCUCCAUAGUCAGAGGCAGGCCAUGCUGCUGAAUCCCUGUUGCUAGAAACCGCAGGAGGGGAGACCUGGUGCUCAGACCCUGUUUGAGGAUCAGGCCAAUGGCCUGAUCCAACAAGCUGCUCUUAUGUUCAUCAGUAGAUGGGAGGCGGCGGUGAAAUUAAGCCCUGCAUAGAUAAAUGUAUGCAUAUUUAUUCCAGUGUAAAUGCAUAGAAGUACCUGUGGCUGGGAGAAACUACAGGAUGGGAAGGUGGUCUUGUGCUCAGGUCCGGCUUGUGGGAUCAGGCCAAAGGGGCCCCACUUAGCCCAGCUUCCUGUACUCACAGUGGCCACCCAGAUGCCCCCAUGGGAAACCAGCAAGCAUGACCUGAGCAGAAUGGCAACUCUCCCCACCCGACACGGUGGCUUCUGGUCGGCCCCUGUGAGAACAGGAGGCUGGGCUAGAUGGGCUUUUGGCCUGACCCAUCGGCAGCGCUCUUCUUUCGUCCAUGCGGGUCCUUUCCCUCCAGGAGUUUUGGGGGAAGCCUGACAAGGAAAGGGAUGUUUAGAAACCAGCUGUGUCUCCUCAAUGCCUUUCCUGUCCUUCUAAGGAGCAGAGGCAUUUGGAAUACAGCGUAUGGUUCCUGGCUGCACCUUGCUCUCCAGGAAGCCAGGGAGGAAGUCCAGAAAUGAUUGUACCCCCACUUUUUUCUGUCCAUGAUCUCUUGGGGCAUUGUUUAACCGGUACUAGCUGACUCCCUGGGUGUUCAUACAAGGGCUUUUCUUCCCUCCCAUCUCUCUCCUCUCUCUCUUUCUCUCCACAAAAGAACCCUGUGAUUUCAUCUGCCUUCUCUCCUUCCCCCUACCCUAUUCUCUCUCUCUUUCUCUAACUCUGUGUCCUUCUGUAGGGUUCACUCCAGCAGUACCGCAACAAUGCUGGCUCCCCGGCCAACCAGUCUCCCACCUCUCCUGUCUCCAAUCAAGCUUUCUCUCCUGGCAGCUCCCCUCAAGUAAGGGACUGACUGCAUCUGUGUGUGUGCGCUCUCUCUCUCUCUCUCUCUCUCUCUCUCUCUCUCCAGGCCUUCCACUUCCAUGCUUCUCAGUGGGUCCGUCUUAUUUUCUCUCUCUCCCCAAUCCCUCUUAAUGUCACAUCGUCCAAUUUUUAAAUAUAUAUCUUUAUUUAUUGAAUUUCUAUACCACCCUUCAUCUGAGGAUCCCAGGGCGGUUUACGAUACAAAAACGCAAAUACACAUAACAUAAUAACAGACAAAAACAAUACCCCCCUCACUUCCAGCUAUGUCUAGAUGAGUGCUUGCCUGUUUUUAAAUAAGGCGUAAAAAUAGGGUUUGCACUGAACCUAUACAAUGCUGCUAGAUUCAUACUUCUUCAGCUAUCGCAUAAAAUGUAAAGGUAAAGGGACCCCUGACCAUUAGAUCCAGUUGUGACCGUCUCUGGGGUUGUGGCGCUCAUCUCGCUUUAUUGGCCAAGGGAACCGGCGUACAGCUUCCGGGUCAUGUGGCCAGCAUGACUAAGCCGCUUCUGGCAAACCAGAGCAGCGCACGGAAACGCCGUUUACCUUUCCGCCGGAGUGGUACCUAUUUAUCUACUUGCACUUUAAUGUGCUUUCGAACUGCUAGGUUGGCAGGAGCAGGGACCGAACAACGGGAGCUCACCCCGUUGCGGGGAUUCGAACCGCCAACCUUCUGAUCGGCAAGUCCUAGGCUCUGUGGUUUAACUCACAGCGCCACCCUCGUCCCACCUCAGCUAUCACAUAGGUUUUCCUAAAUGUGCAGACUGUUUUGAUAAUCCAAGAGGUUUCCCCCUCGUAAUGCACACACUGAUUUAUAUAAGUGGGUUUGAGAUGACAUGAGUUGAAAGGUGGCAACUUUCUGCUGUUAAGUUGUAAACAACACACUUCAGAGUACAAGGUGCAGCUUCUGGUUUUCUUCAGUAUUGUCCAUCACUGUUUUCUGCACUAAGUACAAAUCUUACUCGGCUUCUCAGUGGUCACUGGAAGCGAUAUUGUAUAAUAACUAUUAAUAUUAUCAGUGUCAUGAAGUUCCCGUCCUUUGUCCUACAUUAAACACACAGAGACCUACUUUUGAGUAGACGUGUAUACAGAUGUUUUGGAGUAAAAUUCCCAGCUGCCCCGUGAUGGCUGGGCUGGAGAGUGCAGGUUCUUUAAAAGAACCCCCCCCCCCCCACAAAUAAGCAUGUUUGCUAGGUUUAAAACAGGCCAAGUAACAAAAAGAGGGGAAAGAAUCUCCAGCCCACAGAGGUCUUAAUCCAUCACACACAGUCCGAGUUCCAAAAGUGAGUUUCAGAAAUCCAUAGGAGGAAGAGGGUUAGUUACAAAAUGUAUUGAAAGAUCAAAAGAAGAAUCAAAAUGUGAGACUUAAGUGUACCUAUAAAGACUUUGUUGUCCCCUGGUACCUUGGAAGAUAAUCAGACCCAAACGACAAAUAGUGGGUUUGGAGGCCUGCUAACACAGCCGGAACGAGUCGGCUAAGUCAGCGCACAGCAAAGACCCGCCGUAGGCGUCAUGUUAAUUGCCCACAUAGCUGACGGCAGCCGGAGCACACGAAACCUUUUAGUACUUUCGUAUUCAGGGAAAGCAAAGCACCGCUCGUUCCCAGCUCUCAUCCCACAACGUGGGAGCAGUUAAAACAAUCAGCAGCAGUUAGAAAGGGUUUUAAAAGGGUGAAGCAGCGCAGAGUGGAAGACCUCAGGCAGUCUUGGGUGCUGCUGUUGCUGCUUCUUGGUGGGAAAAUCAGGGGUGGCCAACCUUUCACGCUCUCCACUGUAGAAUUGGGACCCUGAGGGUCAUCUAGUGCAACCCCCACAAUGCAGGAAUCGCAACCAAAGCAUCCAUGAUAGAGGGGUCAUCCAACCUCUACUUAAAAACCUCCAAGGAAGGAGAACAAGGGAGACUGUUCCACUGUCAAACAGCUCUCACUGUCAAAUUUCUUCCUGAUGUUGAGUCCGAACCUUCUUUCUUGUAACUUGAAGCCAUCAGUGGAAAUUCUGUGUGGAGAAAAUCAGCUUUCCCCCUCCAGAAGUUCCUGGACUACAGUUCCCAUCAUCCUCUGCCCAUAUAGACAACAGCAAGGGGAGGUGGGAGUUGAGGUCCAGCAGUGCCUUGGAGGACCACCGCCUUUCCCCCAUCCCUACGUUAAAUUUAAUGUACGGGUCUGGCCACUCUAUUCGAUAGCCUUGUAAAUAAACCGGGGUCGUGUCUAAGCAAGUUUUCCUCUGAGCACGACCUACUGAAAUCAGUAUACCCAAGCGAGUCAUGCUCAUUUGAUUUCCCCAGGUCUGCUCUGAGGACGACUGCAUGCUGGCUACAGCCCUUGGUUGUUACAGAGGCGAGGAGUAGACUGAGCACCGGCACCUAGCCACAUUAGCUAUGUGGGGCCUCCCUGCUCAGGCACACUCUACCUCUGAAUGCCGCCUGCUGCCGGUGUGGUGGACAGAGCACCAGCGGCUGUCGGCCAUCAUAGCAAAACGGAACCCUUGUUCGCUGCCACCAAACACCAGGUGGUGGCGACAGGCUGCCAUUUCCUUCCUGCCAGGUUUAGGGGGCAUCUGUAGAAAGGGCGCCAAGCCAUGUGGCCUCGUCCCCCUCUCUCCGCCUGCCUCGAUUCAGAAGGCUGAGAAGACUCGGAGCACAGUUUGCAGGGGACAGGUUCAUGCAGGAAGAACAAAGCUGUGAGCCAGCCUUAUGAGGAAAGGUUCCAGUGUGUGCAUUUGUCUUUUUUUCAGUUUUGAGAAAAGACGAGCAACAGGCGAUGGGAUAGAAGCCUAUACAAAAUGAGAACGUGGACGGAGAAAACAUUUUUCUCCCUCACACAAGGUGCUGGACCUCGUGGGCAUUCAAGGAAUUUCUGGCCUUCCUUGCCGCAGCGCUCAGCCACUCAGUUAACGAAAGCUAGCAAGCCCCUCUCCCUCUUCGGUUCUGCAGAGAGAGCCUUUGGCUUCUGCAGCCAGCGGAAGAGGCCAGGUCUUGGAUCCCAAAGUGCUGAAGCGAUGAAAAAAAGCCCUUCCCGUUUAAUCACGUCUCCUCCACCCCCUACCUCCCCGGUCUCUGCUGGCAAAGUUAUUAAAAACAGUGCAGUUAAGGAUCCUCAAGGGGAGCAAUUUUUUUAUUAAAAAAAUGCAUCUGUAUCACUUUGCACUGCUGCACAGUUGUAAAAUGAGAGUGGUUUCUCAUAGACCCGCUGGUGGGGAGGAGGUGGUCGGAUUAUAAUAGCCCAGCAGAGAAAGGUUAGGGCAGAGGGAUUCCUGAAUUUAGGUUGAUAGUGGAGAAGGAGGCUCGCUCGCUGCUGCUCAUCUCGGCUGUUUUUUAAGCGCAGGACCAGGCUUGCAGAAUCAACCUGGUUGGAUUUUUUUUUUUUGCAAAAAAACCUCUUUAGGUCUUUCCUACUUUAUAAGAGACCUUGUGAGACCAGGACUCUAGAAGGCAGGGUAAAAGGAACUCGAAAGAUUUGCUUUGCUUUGCCUUCUUCAUUUUGAAGCAGUUUGGGGAAUUGUAGCAUUCGGGAGCUUCUCAAUCAGGCUUUGCCAAGCUGAUCUAAUCUGUGCAUGACUAGCGUUGGAUGGAAAUAGUAAUAACAGCCGUAGGAGUAGGACUACAAAUAAAAAUAUUAUUGGGCCACAACCAAGCGAAUCUUACCAGCGUCUGAUGAGCGUUGGAUAUAACGAGUCAUAAGCACAGUGGUAGUAGGAAUAAAAAUCUUGCUGUCGUUCCAAGUAAACUUCCUAACCAAAGGAGGAGGGGGGCAUCUCAGUUGCUGCUGUUUUGGGUAGCACAGCCCCUUAUCCUCCCCAUUGCUCCACUGGCAUGCAGUCAUGUUGGUCAGGACAGUUUGCAAACUAUCUCAUCCAUCAGAGCCUUUCUACCCCUCUCCCACCCUCUGGGGCAGACAUGCUUCUUCAAACCAUGCGCGACCCAUUCACUUUUGUCCCCUCUCCCCCUUUCCGGCCUGUGUGUUUCUGGCAUCGUGGUGGCAGCGGCAUAGCCCUCAUCUAAGGUGGGAACCAGGUUACUGUGCCCCCCCCCAGUCCCAUCUCCUCUAGAGCUCUGCUCUUGAAUUCAUCAUUCUGGGGCUGGUUGGUAGUUAGCCGGUGGGGUGGGGUGGGGUGGGGACUUCACCACGCAGCCUUCAAUUCAGCGUCCUCAAGGGCGGUCUUGGCAGACUGUCUGCUGCCCCCACUCUGGAUUUCAGCAAAGGGCUCUUCUCUGCACUGAUUCACCUCCUCCUCCUUCUUGCAGCAAACAUCUAUCCUGGGGAGCGUCUUCGGGGAUUCCUGUUACGACCAGCAGAUGACGGCCAGGCAGGCAAACGCUUUAUCUCAUCAGGUGAGAGCACUUUCUGUGACUCCCAAGCACCCUUUGACUGGAGGUUCAAAUGGGAUUGGUGGUUUCGACUCUUCACCACCCAGAGAAGUUUGGUUCAUCGGGCGGCCAGAUAAAAUAUUUGCUAAAUUUGUAUGCCGCCCUUCGUCCGUAGAUCUGGGGGCGGUCCGCAGCGUCAAAAUGCUAAAUCACAAUUUUAGCCAUGGUUGCAAAGCGGAACGUAGAAUCAUAGGAUUGUAGACUCGGAGGAAGGGUCCCCAAGGGUCAUCUAUACCAGCCCAUGGUUCAGAGCAGUAUGCCCUUGGGAUGAUGAUGAUGAUGAUGACGAUGUAUAACUUGUACCCCCACCCAUCUGACUGGUGGGUUAUGAACCCAGCCGGCUUUUCAGCCCAGCCCAGCAAGGCUCUUUUAUUAAGUUCUUACCUCCAGGAUUCCUUCCUCCAGCUUGAGCAGUUCAACAUGAUUGAGAACGCCAUCAGCUCCAACAGCCUCUACAGCCCCUGCUCCACCCUCAAUUACUCCCAGGCGGCCAUGAUGGGCCUCACCGGAAGCCACGGGAGCCUCCAGGACGCCCAGCAGCUCAGCUACGCCAGCCACGGGAACAUCCCAAACAUCAUCCUCACAGGUGGGUCUGUGGUGUGGCGCCUGGGGGGCGGGACCGGCUGCGCAUCGCCACCCUUUGGACCUUUGCAGCUGCUGAGUUUCUGAACAGCAGCAGCUGGUAGGGCAGAAGGCAGGGAGCCCAAUAGCAGGUGGCACUGCGGCCGGCGGGACACGGAGCCCACAAAUGAUAGUAUUCUCCUCCUCUCUGCUGAUUUCCUCCUACAAGGGGCAAUCGAUCAACCAGUCUUUAUGGCAGUCAAAGACCAGCUGGCGAAAAGAACAAUAAAAACAGGUAUAACUGCUUCAGCACCAAGGGGCAGAAGUAGGCAGAGCUGAGAAUUUCACAUGUGCUUAUAUGCAUUAAAAGCAACACUCCGUCAGCUAAAAUAUGUGAGCCAGAGUUUAAAAUCGGUAUUUGUUCGUUGACCAUCACUGUCACCAUGGUCUGGCCUUGUUGCCAUGAAACAGAAUUUCAUGACGGGCCUGGUGACCUCCAAGUCUUGGAUUUUACAAGGGGAGACAGUGAGAAUCAGGAGGAAGAGGCUGGCAGGCAGGCAGGCAGGCAGGGCCACCCCCCAGACUGGUUGCAGGUCAGAAGGCGGGCAGACAUAGGCUGGUGGGGCAGUGCCCAUUAUGCCCUUGCAGAGCAGACUCCAUUGUUUCUGGGCCAGACAGUGUAGACCAUGGGUCAGCAAACUUUUUCAGCAGGGGGCCAUUCCACUGUCCCUCAGAACUUGUAGGGGGCCGGACUAUUUUUUUUUUUUUUAAAAUGAAUUCCUAUGCCCCACAAAUAACCCAGAGAUGCAUUUUAAAUAAAAGGACACAUUCUACUCAUGUAAAAACAUGCUGAUUCCUGGACCUUCCGUGGGCCCGAUUGAGAAGGCGAUUGGGCCGCAUCUGGCCCCCGGGCUUUAGUUUGCCUACCCAUGGUGCAGACAGUACUGAGCUACAUGGACCCAAGGGUCGGACUCGGCACAAGGCGAAUUCCUACAUUUUCCUUGUUCAGAAAACCAUGAGGACUAGAACAUAGUUUUUCUAGGAAGAGCUGCAGCUUAGCUACAGGGCUUCACAUGCAGAUUUCCCCAGGUGCAAUCACCUGCAGCAUCUUUGGGUGGGGCUGGGAAUGUCCCCCACCCUGGGUCUGACUGUCUGAACAGCUUCGUGUGUUGCUAAUGUCUGAAGGUUAGCAACCUCCAGGCUUGCCCCAAGGAGUGGGUCAGGUGGAAGAGGAACGGAGGCUGACCCUAACCAAAGGUCUGUCUGUCUUUCUCUCUCCCUCCACUCUGCCACUCCCAGUGACCGGGGAGUCCCCUCCCAGCCUGUCGAAGGACCUGACCAGCUCUCUGGCCGGCGUGGGGGAUGUCAGCUUCGACUCUGAUUCCCAGUUCCCCCUGGACGAACUCAAAAUCGACCCCCUGACCUUGGACGGGCUGCACAUGCUCAACGACCCCGACAUGGUCCUCGCUGACCCCGCCACAGAGGACACUUUCCGGAUGGACCGGCUGUAGGGGAGAGGGGAAGAGCGGGUGCGUCGCCGAGAGUGAGAGAGCGCAUGCCAAAUCGCAAAUAAAAGGUGUACCAAGUCUCGGCGCCCGCAGAGGCAGGGACCGGCCCACCUCGGGUCCGUCGCACCUGAGAGCCGGGCUCGUUCCACCCUCACAGAGCAGCUGCCCACCCCCCUGUCUCCCUUCCCCCUCCAGAGGCCACUGGUUUGGGAGAGGACCUCUUUAUCCACAAGCCCCCCUUGCGCCCUUUCCGUUCCUCUCGCCCUCUGCUUGCCACCAAAGUUCGGUCCUUGUUCUCCUUUGCACUAAAUGGUUUCUCCGUGUUUGUUUUUGGGAAGGCAGGGAGUGGGGUGGCAGUAGAGGAGGCUGCUCCCUCUCUUCCUCUCCCCCCCGCCCCGGUGGCUGGGCAAAGCGCUCUGAAAAGGUAAAUAGAUAGUUCUUAUCCCCCCCCACCUCUGUCAAAACUACCGAGUCUCCGGUUUCGGUUACAGAAACAGCCACUUCUGCAUGAAGCCGGGAGCUUGGGGGGGGUGCUGGGGGUUGCGUGACAGACACGUGAAGCCCCACCACCCCUGAGUUCAAAAGCUACGUUGUGGAUAUUGCUGCUUUCCUUCUGGGAAAUGGGGUGGGUGGGGUUUCAAUGCAGGAGGUAGUAGGGAGAGUCCGACGAGCCCUCCAGAAUUAUUUCCUGAGACAGAUGCUUGGCUUUGAAGGAUGGGGUGGGGUGCAAAUGGUUUGUGAUCUCUUGCCCUCCCCUUUUUUGCUAGCCUUGACUCUCAUCCAAAACUCUUGCUGCCUGUUCCCCCGUUUGCCACCUUGCUCAACAGUUGCAGAAACAUCUCUUUUGGGGGGGCAACACCGUCCGGGGAUUUAGUUGCACGAGCCGCCUAACUCCAAGGACUUUUUUGGCAGGGGGUGGGGGACAGGUAGAGGAAGAGGAGGGGCAACUUUAUUUAUGUCACAUACUUCUGUUACCUAAAGGAAGGAGCUGCGAUUUCCUCUGGGUUGAACGCUUGCGGGAUUAUUGCUGUCCAGCGUGCAAGUCUCUCUCCCCUCCCCUUUUUGCAUGGCAAAGGCAGUUCCCGCCCAGUAUUAAAGGAAAAUAUCUCAUGUGCAUGAUUUGUUAUUUUUUAGCAGGGAAUAGCGAGGAAAAUCCGGUCAGCCUUGGAGGGGCGCCGAGCCAGACUGAGCCCCCAAAUGGUUGCUGAGGGUGGCAGAAUCAGAGGGGUUCAGUGGGGAAUCGUUUAAGGGGACCCCAAGACGUACACACACGUCUCCUGCUUGCAAAGUGGACAGAGAUGUUCUCUCCUUUGACGUCUCGAGCGGGAGGCGCUCUUUGGCGUGGGGCAGUUUUUUGGACUGACUCCGUUUGUCACUUUCCGUUGGCAGAAUCUCGUGCCAAGUGCCCCUGGGGUGUUUGUGGGUCCCUGAAACAGAUGUCUGGAACUCAGAAAUCCCCUCGCAGGCAUGUUUGUGAGUCUGAAUGCUUCAGGCAGGGUCUCCCUGCUCCCCACCCCUCAAACACUUUUUUUUUACAGCAUCCCAUUCUCCAGGCCAGGUCCCUGGUUUUCUGUGCUGCUGGGGAGGAAGUGAACCUCCCAUUUGCCGAAAAUGCUAAUCUGGUAGCCUCCUGUGGCUCCCUUGGCCUGGCUGGGCGAUAUCUUAAGUCCUCUGGGCCUUCCUGGCUGGCGCAGCAAAGCUCACCUCCCUGCUGUCCCCUCUUCUGCUCUGAGUUGGCCAGGCAGCGUUCAACUUGAGUCCCUGCCUUGUUGUCCCUCAGGUUCUGGGUUUGAGUCCUGCCAUAGCCUUCCCCGAAUGCCUCCCCCCGGCGAGUUACAGCUGGGCCUCUGGGCCCCUGCAUGUGCCGCUAGGAAGUCCCGUUCCGAGUACAUGUCUGCUUACACUCCGCCUGUGCCAUCCUUUGUUUUACGACUUUUGCACUAAAACUGUGCUGUCUCCUAGGCGUUCUGUGUGGGCGCUUCGAUGCAGUGCUUUCCCCCCAGCCCUUUCGACUCCCCAGAAGUGGUCUCUCCCAUUGUUAUAUAACCCGUAUCAGUAUUUUAGCCUCUAGUACUCGCCAUGGUCUGCCCAUUUCAAGGCUGCUCUGGGUCCCUCUCCUGCACGAGGAGGAGUCCCGUCUGCUAAAAAAAAAGCCAGGAGGUGGUAACUCUCCUUCUCCGAACGGUGAAUGCAGGGAUCUCGUCCUUUGGCCUCCAGCGAGCCUGUCAGAAUUCAUUGGUCCGACUCUCUGGGAUGCCCUUCCCUCAGAUCUCAACAUGUGCACAGUCCUCUUCAGUCUUUGGCCUGCCGUUUGGGGAUGUGGAAUUGGAAGACGCAUUGCCUGGUUUGGUAAACACACGCAGCUCUCGAACCGGACAGUUUUAUAGGGAGAUGUACAAAUCUCUCCUCCUCCCCUUUUCUAAAUUACACAUUGUACAUAGGAGAGCCUGCGUGCGGAUAAACUGUAAGUAGUUUUACAAAAAUGGCCUUAAUAUAUAUCUCUCUAUAUAUAUCUAUAUAUCUGUAUACACACGUGAAACACAAACACAAAAAAACCCUUUCUGGAUUUGUUUGAGGGUCACUGAGGAUUAGGGACCAUUUGCUUUGGAGGGGCACUGUUUAAAUUUCUGGUUUGUGUUUCAUUUGUUGCUGUUGCUGGAAACUCUUGUUAAAGAUGGCAGGAUCGUAGCGCAAGAUAUUUCGAUGUGCUCGGUAUCUCUCUUCCCAGCAGGGGGCAGCGUCAUUCUUAAUUUAUCAUGUUGAGUAUCCAAGCGAUGACUUUAGCACAACGGCAAAUUAUUUCCUCCGUUAAUGCACCUUAUAUUCUGCUUCUUUCUGUUUUUUCAUCAUGGGGAGGGGGAUUUCUAUCCUCACCCCCACCCUCAAUUCUGUGUUUAAGGCCAGGCACCCGGAGGUUUUGAGAUACAUGCUGUCUGCAUCGAAGCUUGCUUAAAAUUGCUUAUUUUGAAGGGGGCGGAGCUGAAAGCUCCCCAUAUCCUUCCUUUUGGGGCAUUCUAGCCACCAUGAUUCUGUUCCAGGGGAGAAUGCUUUGUUGCCAUCGUUGAGCAGAGAGGAUGUCCUGCUUUGUUCCAAAGCGGGAGUGUUGUUCGUUGCUCAGUUAGGGUCAGGUUUAAAAGAGCUGCUCUCUUUUGGUUAGGUGCCUGGCUUGUGUCUGCAUGGGCACAGUGGUGCGUUUGUCUUAAGCCGUUCCUUCUGUACUCUCCUUUCCUCCCACCCCUUUACCCUUCCAACAACCCUGUGAGGUAGGUUAGGCCAAGAGAUGGCAGCUGGCCCAGGGAAUGCCUGCGCUGAGUGGUCAUUUUAUCCUGGGUCUCUGUGGGCCUUAAUCUGACACCAGCCUGGUCCAGUAUUGCUCUGUGUGUGUGCGCGCCAGCUAAUAAUACUGUGUAAACGAGACCAGUUUCACCCCUGCAGUGCGGUCUGAGCCCCUGAACUUACAUAAGCCGUGCCCUUUCUCCUUAUAAUUUGGCAAGAAAAAGUUCCCAGUGAGGAACCGAGUGCAGAAGUCGAUGUCCCUCUGCUCCACAGCACCUCCACUGGAGCAGGCCAGGAGGGGUACUGCGCCUUCUCAUCCCAGUGGGAGUCCCAGUGGGACCCACAGAAGCCACUGGUUGCCAGGCAGUACAGGCUUCCAUAGCUCAGUUGGUAAGAGCACGAGACUCUGAAUCUCAGGGUUGUGGGUUCGAGACCCACGUUGGGGGAAAGGUUCCUUCAUUGCAGGGGGAUGGGUUAGAUGACUCCUUGGGAUCCCUUCCAGCUCUACAAGUCUGUGAUUCCUAGCAGGAGCUUUGCUGCCAGCCCAAAAUAUUAGCAAGGCAUGUUAGAGCCCUAGAGCUGACUGGGGCCCAAUUCUGCAGAGUUCGAGUAUCUUUGUAAUCAACAAGGGUCUCUUCUGGAAAAAAACCCCACGUCACAUUCCUUAAAGCAGGAUCUUUUCCUUUUAAAAUCCCCACCAAAUUGUUGGUCUUUGAAAAUGGACGUUGGCCCCCAAAAGCCCCUCUUGGCAUCAAGUGCCAAAUGAAUUAAAUGACGAUGGUGACUGUCGUCCUCAUUGUCAGGGCCCUGCUCCAUUUCAAGCUGUGUGGAGAAGCGUUCCUGAGCAUAUGCAGAGUUCCGCUGCCCCCUCCUCCUCUCCCCCUAUAACCCCCACGCCCCGAUGGACCUGGUCCCGGUUUUCUAAGGCGGGGGGUCUCCCCACCUGCUCUUUGGGUGGGCUCUGGCGGCCAGCGGGUGUCAAGAGGCCAGGAUGGGUAUCAGAAGCGAUUGCGAGGAUGGCAGGCUGUGGGCAGAGAGGCCGGGGGCUGGUGUUUUAAAUCCACAGUGCUUUCCGUCAGCUUUGAAAAAUGUCUUGCAAAAGCAGGGGGGAGUAUCUUGACCCAGAGUGAAUGACUAUAUAUACAUAUAGAUUGGUGUGUGUGCGCGCAUGUGUAAGCAAACUGAGAUGGAAGUGUAAAAAAAGCAAGACUUAAAAGUGGUCAGGGAGCGGGGUACAGAUCGACCAACUGGAUCAAGCCUAGCCCCCUCUUCCCACAGCAGCCAACCAGACCCCCAGCAAGCAGGGGCUAAUUGUAUGGAUGUCCUCAGAUACAGGAUGCUGGGCUUGGUGGUGGUCAGACCCAGCUAUGCACAAAUUGGGGGCGGGUAGGAUAAGACAUCCCCCCCCCCCAUCCCUGCCAAAAAAGGCCAAAUUUGGGGGCGGCUUCUGCCCAUUGCAUGGCCAGGGAAAACUGAGUCUUGUUAUCGCUGUGGCUUUUCUGCAUGUUUGCAGGAGUCUUGCUGGGGGCUCCUUGUAAAUCUAUCUCUGACAGGCAGCAGCAAGAGACUGAGCUGUCCCUUUUUUUAAAAAGAAAAAGGCUACUUCUUUCUCUCCCCCCCCCCCUCGUUUUUCUGUGGUGGUCCCAUUUCCAUCCUUUUUUUCCUGCCUCCAUCCUUUCAAGGCAGCCAUCUUCCCCCACCCUUUUUUUUCUUAGGUAGAAUUCCUCUCCGGAAGAGGACUACCUACAUACUACACCCAUGGCUUUUGAAAAAAGAAAGAAAGAAAGAAGGCACUUUGAUUUUUAUUAUUUUUAAUUAAAAAAAUUCCCUUGUCACUGUGAAAACAUCUGUGAAAGAGCAGUUGAAUAUCUGAGUAUGCAUUCUUCUUUUUAGGGGGGGAAAAUGGGGAACCCAAACAAAAAGUUAAGUGUUUUUGUGUUGUAACAUUUCUUUUUUAAUGAACCAGUUUAACCUUUUAUUUUCAAAAGAAAACUUUUAGGCUUUGUGCGGAAUUCCCAUAUUGCAAUAUGUGAAUUGGGGGUUGGUGCGGAGGGUUUAAAUAACCAACACACUACGUUUAUGGAACUUCGGUCGAUAAUCUUUGUGCUUUUCGUUGUAUUUAUUAUUAUUAUUUUUUAUUUUAAAAAAAGGGGGGGGG